UUUUUUUGUUUGCAUCCUUUUAUUUUCGCAGUGAGUAACUUUUUUUGUUUGUUUGUUUUGCAUUGCCACUUUAUUUGGAUCGUUAACUUCUGUUGUGUUUUUUUUUUUUUAAUCUGCACAAUCUUUUUUAUUUGCAGCAGGCUUCAGUUUCUUUUUUUGUUCCAUCGGUAACUUUAAUUGUGACUUCUUUUUAUAUUUAAUUUUUUGCAUUCUUUUUUUUUUUUUUUUUUUAAUUUCCAGCAGUGGCAGUUCUCGGCCUCUGUAUAAACCUCAUGUAUUCAUAUUUUCAGUCACAGCAGCAGAAGAAAUCUCAGUCAUGUCGUUUGCUUGUUGUUCCAGCUGCUUACCGCCUGGUGGCGCAGUAAGCUCUGAUCUGAAGCUCAGAUGAGGUAGAGGAGGGAGGAGGCAGAGGAGGCUCAGCAGCCACACACACACACAUACACACAGCCCACAUUUCCAAAGGAGACCGACACACACACACACUCUCUCUCUCACACACACGUACAGUCUCCCUCCAACAUUUCCGUCGAGCUCGGGUAACAAAACAAGCGGAGCGGGACUCGUGCCGGACAGACAGACCAAACCCCGGACUUUGGUUCGCUCUUUAUUCCCGCGGACGUCCCCUUCACACACACACACUGAUCUCAGGAUACAAGUUAUUUUCAGCAGCAGAGGAAGAAGAUUCCUGAAGAUGGGUUCAGUCCCAGCCAUAUCGGUCCUUAUUUUGGGCAUCGUGGUUCCAGCGCUGGCCGGAUACAUCGAGGUAUGUUCCCGACAUGGUUCCUGAUUUAUCCCGCCUGAUCCGCUGUGUGUUUUAGUCCUCUAAAACCAGAUCUUUGUCGGCCUGUUUUUGUGUCCUUCCCGCACAUGAGGCUGGUGUGUCUGAGCUCUGCUGACAUCCUAAUUUUAUCUUGAUGUAACUGUAGAUUUGUUGUAGGCGUUGACUUUUCCUUCCACCUGAAAAUGUUCCUACAGAGGAGCAGCAGCAGCAGCAGGAUUGAUUUCACUCUCUAAUGUAGGAACCUGUUUGUGAAUGCAUGCUGAUCAGAUAAUAACAGAGGGGGUAAAGUAUUGAUAAUCUGCCUCUCAGAUCAGUCUUAAACUCGGAUUGCUGUUUGAUGGCCUGAAGGAGCUGGAACCAGAUUUACGGUCAGGUUUUGCUGCAGAGAUCAAAUGAAAGACAGCUGUCGUUUUGUCAGGCCUCUGGAGACACUCAGGACUUCAUAUACCGCCUGCUGCAACAGUUGUGUCCAUCAUGUUUGUGUGUUUAUGUUGUGAGGAAAUCCCUCAUCCAGGUAUUUAGACUCCAGCUCCUCCUGCUCACUCUUCUCCGUGUCUUAUUUUGUCAGAUUUGUCCUCCAUAUCUCAAACAGGAUAACCCAAACCCAGCACACACGUCUCCAUUUGUUGAGUCUAAAUUUCCCGAGUGUAUUUCCUCACACUGCCUGUCUACCUGCUGUCCUAUUUUCCCACUGCAUGGCUCACAGGUUAUUGUCCCCUCAGAGUCAGACAUGUGUGACAUUGGAUAACAAUGCAACCAUUUUCAGAGCAAACAGCCAGCCGCCCCCGCCCCCCUCAGAGGGUAAACACGAGUGCUCCUGCUCACUAUUGGAGCAACCAUGACAAAACAUUUUAACAAGACGUCUCCUCCUGGCACUGUUGAGCAAAGUGCUUAUCAGGGAAUGUCUUUUUUUUUCCCCCCCUCCUGUGUAAGCGACAAAGACCUCGGCCAUUUUGAGGCAGUAUUGGCUGGCAUUGUGCUGGGGGAAAUAAUGGUUAUUAUGUCCCCCAACAAAAUCCAUGCAGCUGCACUCCCUCUCUACCAAAAGCCGUCCCCUCUGCAAUGAUUGCCUCCUCAGUCAACCUUCCUAACCGCACAGACGAGCUAAUCGAUACUGUACAGUCUCUCCUGAGAUGAUUAAUGGGUGAAAUCGAUAAAUGUUCUCGAUCAGUCACCCAGAUUAAAUUGAGAAAUUUAUGCAGUCUGUCGUGUGCCCUGACUGUAAAGCACAUGCUGAGGAUUCCUGGGGGUUAAUCAAUGACUGUGCCACAGGGAAAGGCUUUUCUGAGUUGGAGAUGGCAUUUUCACCCGCAGGAAUAUGGAUGUUUAUUUUUCCCAUGUUGCACCUGAGAUUGACGAUUUUCUCCUGGAGGUUUGAAUUAAUCCAACACUUGAGUUACAGACAAGUUUGAACAGGAGACAUGAAAAAACUACACCUCAGAGAUAUGAUUUUAAUUCAUGACGCACAAAAUAAGAGUCUGAAGUGAGUCAAAUGAAAAGGUAGAGAUGAAAUCGUCAUUUUUCUUCAGUUCAGCCACAACUGUCUCCCUGUCUUAUGUAAUUCCGAGUCGUUCGCAGCAUGUCAGCCAAAAUCCAACAGAUGUUGUUGCUGUUGUUUGCGGGUGCAGCUGCUGGUGUGUGUGUGUGUGUGUGUGCAGUGCCGGGCCGGGCCCUGCUGAUGAGCCUGCGGACACACAGCUGAAGUGGAUUUUUGCUGUGCUGACAGGCUGACUGCACUCGCUCCUCUGGACCUUGAGCUUGAAUUUACGAGCCGGUGAGAGCUCCUCAGAGAUGCACUCUCAGUCGGUCAGGGUUGGUUUAUUCCCUCCUCUCUCCUCCUUUGUCCCUCGUUCUGAUUGUAGAGGUGUCACCGGACCGAGGCGGCCUCCUUGUUUCCUCUUUUUUAAGCAUUUUUGAGAUUAUCCGGCUACUUCAGCUGUGUAAACUCUUUUGUUUUGUCAGAUACCUGUGAGAGUGCCAGAUUGUGAGCUUUUGUUUCUUCAGCUGUGUUUUCUCCCCCUCUCAUCUGAACAUCUUUGUGUUGCAGGCUUUACAGUCUGCGGAGGCUUUUCCUGGGGUGUUUUUUUUUUUAACUCUUUACUCGCUGCAUUUCUCCUCAUAUAUUUACACAUCCCUGUUUUGUUUCCAAAAGCAACAAAUCAUGUAUUUUUUUUUUCACCCACUUGUGCAAACUCCAAAACAAGCAGCCGAGUAUUUUCUGGGGCUUUUCUCGGAAUAGUACAACUCCAGCGCAGAGCAGGUUUGCAGCAGGACUUGCAUCACGCUGAGGCAUGUGCAGAUAAAGCUCCCACUGGAUUAUUGGAAUACAAAAUAUCUGAAUCAGUUAAAGCAUUGGGUACAUUUUAUUCUCUUAAGCAAGCGGAGAUUAUCACAGCCAUGACACAUAGAGAAAAAAAUGACUGACUGUUAUGCAACGCAGCAUCAUGUUUCCGUGCCUGUAAUACAGUUAACGAGGGGAAGAAAAAAAAGAGUAAUUCUUGAAUAUAAACACGCAUACCUGGUCUUUAAAUAAAUGUGCGUGGACAAACACGCAGAGGGAAACUCAGGAGCUGUGUUUACAAACCUGCGGAGGUGAUUUUUGAGUGAUCCAAAACACAGAUGUGCAAAAAUGUUGAACAAGCGAAACAAAAAAUCAUCACAACCCAAAAACUGCUCCAUGCUGAGCCUGUUGUUUGUUUUUUUGCUUUAUCAUCGCAAGUGUGUGUGUGUGUGUUCAGCUGUGUGUGUUUUCAGCCAAGCAUGAUGUUUUCUCCUGUAUGCUUGCAUGUGUGUGUGUGUGUGUGUGUGUGUGUGUUUGCUCUGGAUGUGGGCUGAUAAUGAACAAUUGCGUUUGAAUGAAUGCCCCCCCAGUUGGCUGUGAUGGUCGGGGCGGGUGCUUUAGAGCCGUCCGUUAGUAGGGUUGAAUGAUUCUCUAUGAAGGCCUUUUGUACGCUCCUGAAUAGCCGGGACAACUAAGGGUGUCGUAAGCACUCAGAGGUGAUCAAGAUACCGAGGCGUUUGUGUCGUGUUGGAGGUGUUUUCAUGCCUGAAAAACCGAAUCAGGAGCACUUGCAUGUGAUAAAGAUCUCUCCGUAAACCGCUGUGGGUGGUGAAGUGCGCUGAAAGCCUUCUUCUCUUCUCUCAGAGCCGUGAAGAUGCUUUUUUGACCUCCAGGCUCUGCCGUGUCAAUCAUGUCAAAGGCAUCAGCGGCGUGUGCCACGUCAGCUGAGAUUCAGCCUCGCUCGCCCUUGAAUUCAAAGAUUAGCGCCUAAAUCGUGCUUCCAAUUGUUGGGACAACCCCGUAUCCCCGUGAAUCCUCUUAGUGACAAGACACUCUUGAUGCUUCUAGAUCUGCAAAGGAAAGGUACUAAUCCCAGAGCCCAGCCCCUCUCUCUCUCUGUGUGCUCAUGCACAGACUCAUAUACCGACGCCCACGCUCCCCGUCAAACCCUCAUUUCUGAGCCCUGCAGAGGCAAACUAACUUCAAAGUGAGUCACCUGAGUGUGUGUGUAACUCGGAGGUGUUGGUCUGAUGGCUGCUCUGUGACAAACAGGAGGAAAGGAUGUCUGAUUUAUUGAAUCCAGGCUCUUCUUCUCUGUCCUUUCAUUUCCUCUAACAUACUGUGUUCGUCUCUAUCCUCGACUGUUUCUUCCUCUCAGCCCGUUCAUGUCUCCUGGAGCGACUCCAUUGACAGACACACUUUCAGCUCAUCCUUGGGAUUUAAAUAGAGAGGCCCCAUCAGACGAGCCUUGUUCUGGAGAUGCCAGGCUCUGUGCGCUCACUCUAAUUAUCCCACCGAGCAGAGUUUCCUCCUCCUCCUCCUCCUUUUGCAUCUGGAAAGGCGUGUUUGUGUAUAUCUUUGAAAUGUGUGCGUGUCUGCGAGUGUUUGCACGCCUGAAUCCUCUAACAGCUCAUCAUAUAUUUAGUCCGUUCCUCUCAGUGAGAGAUCCCGGGCAGCGGGGACUUGGCGCCGUGUGAACGGGUUCACAUUGGCACGUUGAUGACCGCGCAUCAGGCCUCUCGCUAUAUGUGGGCCAGUCUGCACAGCCUCAGUACACUCCUCCUGUGUGUGUGUGUGUGUGUGUCUGCAUACACCUGAGUGUGUGUGUGUUGAAACAAUAGUGUGGUUCUGCUGCAGGAGAAUUCCUUUUGUCAGUUUAUAUGCCAGAGUGCUCAGGAAUGCAUAGCCUGAAGAGUAAACGGCCGGCUGGAUUGUGUUGCUGUGAGCCGCUCUCUUCCUGUGAUAAAGCCGUGAGAGUGACUCUACGCUCUGGCAGCUCCUCCAGACUAAAGCAGUCCCUUUAUUCCCUCAGACUUUAUUUUUUAAUGCCUUUUCUGUUUGAGAAUGAAGAGGCAGCCAUCGUAGGUGGGUUAAACCCCCUCACCCCCCACCCUGCUCAGCCUGCAUGUGUUUGUGUUUGUGCCUCGGUGGCUCAGUGAGUCACUCUUGCUGCUUGGUUUUUCUUCCUAUGAAUAAAAUAUCUGGUGUGCCAUCUAUGAGUUAUAGUGCACUUGUAUAUCUGCCUAUGCAGCCUCCCCGUCUAUCCCUGUACAGCUGUGAGGAGGAGGAGGAGUACGUCUGCUGUCCCCUCUUCAUCUUAUUCAGGAGGAGAGGCUCUUAUUUUGGAGGAUCCUAUACUAAAGCUCAGAUAAAUCCAGAGCACAGAUUUAUUCUCCUUCAAAAAUGAAACCAAAUACAAAUCAAAGAGCCGCUUUGACUUCUCAGGCGAUGUUUCCUGCUGUUUGCACGCUCAGAAAAAAAAAUGUAAAUUACUCAAGGGCCUUUUUUCACGGGUUUGAAUUAAUGUUCAACUAAAUGUAGUCUCUCUUUUUUUUCAACAAUACUCUUUUUAAAUCAGACCCAGUUUUCCCAGCCACCGUAAUAUUUCAUGUCUUUUUAGCUCUUGAUUUAUAUCUUUGUGUCUUUGUGUAGAAGUGUGCGAGUCUGUUUCAGGCCUUAAUUGAAAGUAGUGCAAAGAGAAGUACUUCAGUACUUCCAGAAUAAAGUUCCUCAUCUGUGGAUCAAACAUAAUUUCAUUAAAGAUUCAGAGAUUUUGGAGAAAAGGGACCAGACCAGAGACCAAGACUGGUUCUCUUUGAUCUGUAAGCAGCUCUGCAUUAAAAAACAGGCAUGACUCUGCAGUGGAAGCCGCCGCAUUAGCUCAAAAUCAAUCUAAAAACCCUUGUUUGUAGCUGCUCUUACAAAUGCAGGUUUAAACUGCAAACACAUACAAACAUGACCCAGAAAGGCUGCUGCUGGUAUCUCUGAGCACUUUGAAGGUCGAUCUAAAAGAUGUAAAGAUGACUGUCCUGUGGUGAAUCAAAGAGGAUCCAAGAUUCAGGAUGAUGGCGGUGCAGGAGACCCCAUGACAGGGGGACAAAAGAAAACACCAUUAAUACAGGUGUGACAGCAGGAAGAAGCUGAACUAGCGUUUGCAUGAAUUCCAACAGCAUGGCUCAGUAGUAGAGGAGUCCAAGUGCAGUAACAGCUUGAAUGCAGAAAAUAGGGCUGGGCGAUAAACCAACCAAUAUCUGUAUAUUCGGUGUCAAAAAAAUAAAAUAAAUCAAAGUUGGUUUUGGAUGUGUGUAGGUAGGCUAUGGUCUGUUCAAACACUCAGAUCUUCUAUCAGGAAAGAACGGGACAACAGUCCACUUUCCAAACUCCAGAAACUGGUCUCCAGGGUUCCAGGUGUUGAAAGAAGAGCUGAUGCAACAUAAUGAAGACAUGACCCUAUUUUUACUCUGAUGGCGUUGUUUAUUUGUGGCUGUUUGUGCAUCUAUGAUCUUUAUUUUGGGAUGAUUGAAGAUUUCUGAGACCCCCCGAGUUCUGAUCUGCAGGUCCAAACUCUGGGCCUCCGGGUUCAGUCACUACAGGAGGAUUAAUGAGGUCACUGUGCUCGUGUUUUUGAUCGGCUGUUUUUGUUGUAGUGUUUAUCUGUUUCUGCUGAGCAACACUGGACAAAUACUUCAUCUGCUGCUGAGAAAACAGGCGUGGUAGUCCCUCCACCCCCUCUGCCCGUCUUCCUGCUUCCAGAGAUUACUUUAUAUCCCUCUUCUCUUCUCUUCUCUUUACCCCCCGACUGCAGUGGAAAUGGUUUCACCCAGACCGAAACCAGCGGUGGCAUGGAGUCCAUCCUGCCUCUUAGUUUAUCCUCUUUUCCCCAGGAGAGAGGGGGAGAUGAAAAUGUCAGAAUGGUAAGAGAUAGAGGCAGUGCAGUGUAACUGUAUACCCCCAGAGAGAGAGAGAGAAAGAGAGAGAGAGAGAGAGAGGGAGAGAGGCCUCUGCUGCUGCUGCUCCAGCUAUGUGACGGCGGCUCUGUUAGCAGCCUGUCUGAUACAGCACUUUCUCAAGGAGAAGGUGGCCAAGGACAAACAGCAGCUCUGUACGAUGGUCCACGGGGGACUCAGACGAAAUUUCACCUUCAGAGCUCGAAAAGGAGGAAAUAGAGAGAUGAGGAGUCGACCGCUGACACAUCUAAGGCUGGAUUUCUAUCCUCUUACAGAAAGGAGAUGAACAUUUUCCUUUGAGUUUCCUCCUAAUUAUCUAUAAGCUCCUAAUUAAUGCAGUAAGAAGUGUUCAUGUGUAAUAAGGAGCUUUAGCCUGCAGAUAAAGGUUUGUGUAUCCUAUCAUUUAGAAGCAUAACAGAGUCAGAACCUGGCUGGAGUUCUUGGACAUCAUUUCCUCAGACCAAAAUAGAAAAAUCCCAGAAGAGCGAGCGAGCGGUGGAAAUAAAUGUAGGAGGAAACCCUGGGAAAUAAAGGACGCGCACAGACACACAAACAAUUAUCUCGGUGAAGCACGGGCAGAAGAAGUGAUUUCCUCCUGCAGGAGAAGCUCUGCACAAGUUUUCACUCAAACACUUUUAUUACAAACACAGUUAGAUUUAAGAGGAAGUUCAUUACAAGUGGGUGAAGCCUUUAUGCCCCCUGUGGUUGCUUUUAUUGGAUCAACUAGGACUGCACGAUAUUGGGUCGAUAUUUUCUUGUCCGAUACUGAUACCAAGCAGAGUGCAUCAUUAUAUCUACCGCUCUGAGAGGCUGCAGAUCAGAAUGUUCUUGUUCAUUUCCUUUGAUAAACCAGUAUCGUCUGACCAUUACUGCUGAUACAGAUCUGAGUUUUUCUAACUAUUAUCUGCUGAUAUGAUUUUAUAUCAGUCAUCCCUACAAACAAAACACAAAGUUCUCCACAGAAAAGAAGUAAACAGACAAAUGUUUGACUCUUCAGUCGCACUGGUGAUAAUUAAGGUUUGGUUCAUCAGGAUCUGAGUUAGUUCCAGUUUUUGGGAGAAAUCUUGAAUGUAAACUCGACCCCUCCCAACCAGUUUUCCCCUCAGCUCCUCCUCUCCAAGCCCUGCCCACAAACAGACGCUCCUGCUCGCUCGUAUCGUUCCAAUUAAAUUCAGAUAUAAUGCAGAUAAAUACUUCAGAUCAUUACAAAUGGGGCCCAGUCAAGGUGAAAGUCAAAAGCAUUGGUGCUACUGUAGAUGCCAACAGACUACCAGCAAACACAAUGUUUGCAGGACUUCUACAACGAGGAUAAAGUGACAUAGUCCAGGACCCGAGGGAGGACAGUUUAGCGAUGGCGCUACAACACGCUAUAGCAGGUCCGUUUGACAAGAAACACUUCUGUUACAGACACUUGUCUUACUUUGUUAAAGCGGUUUACCUGUCCAGCAGAAAGGUUACAGGGUCACCAAGAUCCCCAAGCGUCCCCCAUCGUUUAUGUUGACCCGGCUUUUUAGCUCUCGUCCGGUCUACCUCCGUUUUAAGCGCCCGUUAUUCCUCCAGAGUCUCCGGUAUUUACUUUGUUUUCUUGCUUGUGUCGGCAGUCGUGGCCAAAGGAGGAUUCAGACAAUUUUCCGAACUUUCUGGUUGGUUUCUACUGUCCGAUAUUGUAGCACGCUAACUUUGUUUGGGCUCCUGAACGACACGGGGGAGCAGCGUCUGCCUCACAACCAAUCAGGUUAGAGGAGGUGGAGAACGGCUUUGUUUACAGUCAGAAAGAGCGGACCACUCAAAAAUGUUCAAAUGUUGACGACACAGACGGCAGUAGCUCAGGAGGUAGAGCGGUCGUCCAAUAACCGGAAGGUUGGCGGUUCGAUUCCCCCCUAAUCCAAGUCUGUCCGUUGUGUCCUUGGGCAAGACACUUAACCCACCUUGCUCCCAGUGUGUGUCCUCCACUGGUGUAUGAUUGUGAGUGUUGUGUGGUGGUGGUCGGAGAGGCCGUAGGCGCAGAAUGGCAGCCACGUUUCCACCACCACCAAAGUGUGACUGUGUGAGCGAAUGAAUGAUGUAUCCAAUGUAAAGCGCUUUGAGGGUCUCUGAUAAAGCGCUAUAUGAAAUCUGAUGCAUUAUUAUUAUUAAGAGAACACAGAGAUAUCGAUAUAUUACCAAAUGUCAUCAAUAACUAAUAACUAUUGACUGAUAUUAGAAGAUUUCUUUUUUGUAUAUACACCACCAAAAAAGAUGCUUCUGUAACAGAUUUCUGCCUACUCCACCUCUUGAUGGGUAACAGUCUUAUCUCCUGAUCCCUGCUCUGUAUGCUGUGUACCUUUGUGUGUGUGUGUUUGUGUGUGUGUUUGUGUGCUCUCAUGGCUUAUUUGCAGAUGUUUAGUAUUCUGCAGCAGACUUCCCGAGCCGUGGAUGAGCUGUGACCCUGGCGUGGUCCUUGUAGUAACUCUCAUUAAUUCUCGAACUAAUGGCCGGUUGAAGUUUCCAUUAAGUGUCCUAAGAAGUUAUUGUAAGACAAUUCACACUGAAGCAUCAUGGGAAAUGGCCCCUAUAGAAGAAGAGAAGUGAGUCAAACCCCUGAAUCGUGACCGAAGGACGGUUUCUGUCUCUUUUCAACAUUAAUGUUUUCAUUUGAUGUCGAAGUGACCUUAACUGGGACUGUUUUAUGACAUUAGCAGAGCUCACGCUGCAGCUGCUCGCCGCUAUCAGCCAUUUUGAUCAGAGAUAAAACCCAAUCAAGCACUCCGGAGAAUUCCAUUAGUUUGAUGAGAUAUGAAUUUAGCUCCAAGCACAAAUCUGAAAUAGUCUGCUGUUUUCAGACAAACCCAUUAAAAGUCAUUUGAUCUUCUGCGGCUAAUUAUAGAGCCUUCAGAGCAGCUAGCCGCCCGCCUUCGCCAGCCCCCACCUCCCUUUAGUGUUCAUCUCGCACCGUCCUUAUGUUUCAGGAGCCUCCUCAGUGUCACCGGGCUUUAUGGAGGAGUCAUGCGAGGUUGUGGGGAUCUGUCGGCCUCACAGUCGUUGUCACUAAAUUCGGGAUCUCUCCUGUAGAAGGUGGGGGUGCAAGGUCAGACGAUUGAUAAAGAGGGACUACAGCAGACAGGUCUAAGACGGAUGCUCCUGCUGUUAAGUCUCCGUCUUCUCCAUAGAGACAUGACUGAUUAGCUGCUGGCCUCAGCGUGUCUCACCAGCGUUACAGUCUUCACUCGCCUGAUUGAAAUUCCCUCCGCUCCCUCCCUGAGGGGAAGACUGAGGGAGGACAGAGCAGGGUUUAAUGACAGAUAAGCUUAUCUAUAUUACAUCCAUCAUGUUCCUCUGGUGGAGAUGGCCUUCCUAGCACAGCCCCGAGCAUCACCGGCUAAUGCAGCAGACAUGUGGGUUGAGUCUCUGCUCUGCUUCUCGGUGUCUGCAGGCGAGGAAGGAAGCAGGGAGCUGUGCAAUCAGAGCACAGAUUCAUUUGAAAUCAGCUUGGGUGGUCAUGGGAGAGUGGCACUGCAUGCUGGGAGUGGAGUCAGACUCUGCUGCCAUCUAUAACUCACUCCCAAGUGGUAAUCCGAGAGGGAAGGGUAUCCGAGAACUGUAACACAGCCCUGUAGGACGGUGAUAAAAAAUGAGAGCAAUAUUGAAUUUUUAAGCGUUCAAUAUGUUCUCCAAGAAUCCAUUUGAACAUCCCCCCACAGGGCGGGUUUGAUGUGCGUCAAUGAUAAAAGUUCUCUCACAUGAGAGUCAUUUCUGCGAACUCUAUUUUUGCCUGAUAAAUAACUAUUUACUGUGAAAUGUGAAGCGCCUCAUGCUGCUUGAUGUUCCCCGCUAUCAAACUCAAAGAUGUUAAAAUUAGAUGUGGCAUCAAAGUCGAACUCGUGGUGUCAUGCCAGUACUAGUAAGGUCAACGACUUUCUUUUCUCUCUCAGCCGUCCGUCUGUCAUUUCAGCUCGCCGGGUCCAUUGCGAACAGAGCUGCGCGUCCUUGAUCUCGCUCUUUAUCCUGCAGUCGUUCAGCUGGUUUCCUGCUCCUGCGCGGCCUCGCCACUACUCACAGCUGUCUUUUAGCGGCUGAAUGUGAUAUUUCCACGUCGCCCUUGAAGCUGCCUUUCCCUGCCUGCUCUCAAUGUCAUUUCCCACCGAGCAGCUCUCGCCCCGCAGUCCUCCAGACACAGACACUGCUUCUGACUUCACUGCACCACGCUUUUAAGGACGAAUCGGCUGCUUUGUGUCUUAUUUUGUUCAACAGAACAUUGUGUCCUCGCGCCCUCCUCACUUCCUCUCUCUCCUGAACCUCUCACCUCAUGGCUGCCUUUACAUCCUCGCCUCACCAAUUUCUCUUUUGCUUGCUCGACAAUUACGUGCUCAUUAACAGGAGGAGUCCAGGCGGCUGAGAGAGACGUCACCGACAGAGCUGGAGGCCUUGCUGCGGUGCCCCUGUUACUGUUGUUCUCUUAUUGACAAGUCUGCCUGCCUGUCUGCCAGCCUGCCUGGUCCUCAGGAGCAGCCGCGUGGCGCUGCAUGCUGAUGAGCGCCGAGCCAUCCAGCAUGAAAAUGAAAAAGCGGGAGCGGGAGUGACAGAAGGGGGGGGCGAGGAAGGAUGCGGCACAGUAUUUUCACUCAACUUGGAGGGUAUGAGAGGAAGAGAGGCAGGAGAGAGUGAAGUGAGCAUAGGUCAUUUCUUCCAAAUCCCCUCUCCUCAGCGCGAGAGAUUAGGCAGCUAUGCUCUCGGGUAGACGAGAGCGAGGCACGCUCCUGCGUCUAAUCCUCCUCUUUAAAACUGCUGAGAGUGCAGUACAAAGUAGGGGAAGAGUCAGCGUCCGCAUAAAGAGGCCCGCGGAAAACACAGGCCCGCAGUUCAAAACAAACUGAGCUCCGUCUAACAAUCGCCUAAGCCCUAAAUCUCCUGUGUAGCCUCUGCCAGAGCUGAGCCCACCGCAGACUUUUCCCACCCAGCUAUCGCUUCGCACCAGCCCGCUGUCGGCCAUGACACCUGAAAUUCCCCACAACACUGUGUCAGAAACACCCCUCCUUAACUUCUCUGCCUCCGUGAUGACAUGACAGCGGUACACAUGGUGAUGUGCAUUAGCAUACACAGAUAGCAGACGGACCUCCCACCCAGCACACGGGGGCUUUUAAUAAAUGGACAGGCAGUGGCCGAUUUAAUUAUGCUAAUGUGUAUGUUACAGUGGGCGGCUUAUCGGCUAUUUGAUCUCUGCGGCGGCUCAGUGGAGGCAGCUGCAAGCAGACGCUCCAGCAGGAAAAGGAGAAGGAAGUGAAAAUAAGAGGAAGCGCGUCGGCUUAGUCUCCUCGAGGAGGUAAUGAAGACAGCAGCUCCGAAUCUCCAAUUAGAAAGAGACGCACGAAACUAAGGAAACAAGGGAGUUCAUUAAGAGAAGCUGAUCUUUCCUAUUAAAGCACAAGAAGCUGCUCAAAAAAACAGAAAAAAAAUUAGUCGAAAAAAAAACAAUUAUUCUUAAAAACUGAAAAAAUUAGUCGAAAAAAAAAAACAUUACGCCGAACAAAUUAGUAAAAAAAACAGCAAAAAAUACUAUGAAAAACAAACAAACAAAAUUUUCCAAAAUAGAAAAAAAUUAAUGUUUAAAAAUAGAAAGAAAUUACUCCACAAAAACAGAACAAUCAGAAAAACAGAACAAAAAAUUACUCUUAAAUCAGAAAAAAAGAUUUAAAAAAUACUGAAAAAAAAUUCUCUGAAAAAAUUGGUCCAAAAAAGCAAAAAAAUUCCAUGAAAAACUGAAAAAAAAUCCAAAAAAUUGAGAAAAAAUUACUCUGAAAGACAAACAAAAAAAUUACAGAAAAAUAAAUUACGCCAAAAAAAACAGAAAAAAAAAUUAGUCUGAAAAACAGAAAACAAUUAGUUGAAAAAAUGCGAAAAAAAUUACUUUAGAAAAAAAAUUAAUCUGAAAAAAAUGAAAAAGGAAGAGGAGAAGGAAGUAAACUGAGAGAAAGCUUAGUCUCCUCAAGGAGGUAAUGAAGACAGCAGCUCUGACUCCAAUUAGAAAGAGACGUGAGAAACUAAGGAAACAGGGGAGUUCAUUAAGCAACACUGAUCUUUCCCAUUACAACACAAGAAGCUGCUUAGACCGAAAAGCGCAAAAGAGGUGUCAAGGUAAUGAUAAAUGCAUUGUUUGACUUUGCGUCCCGGGUAGUUGCGAGGUCUAUUUCAGUCAUAAACAUCUGGCACAGUGAUGUCAAGAAUGUAAUCCGCUCUAGGCCACGUGGAUGGUAAGCCCGGAUAGAGAGGUUGAGAGGGCUGCUGGAUCACAUGGCCCUGAAAGAGAGAGAGAGAGGCAGACCGAGAGAGGAGCAGGUGAAUUUUAGAGAGAUAGUCGAAGCACAAAGAUUUGUCCGGAGUGCUCAAAGUGAAAAGAGAUGAAAGAAGGGAGAUGGAGGAUUGAAAGGGUUGCUCAUGCAGAGAGCUUUUAGUGGGCAGAGGGGAAGAAUGGGUGAUUGUACUGACAGGAGGGCAGGCACGCUCAAAGCUACCAUCAGCACGCCGUGCAGCUGUAAGGCCGCCGCAGAACCCUCCUGAAAAUGGACCUUAUUCAUCCCGGGCCUGAAGUUAUUAACGCAAAAUGAAAAGCAAUUAUUCUCCCCUGUUAGAAAUAGUUCUACACCUUAGCGCUUUACUUAUGCAAUCAUGCACCUGCGUAUCUUAGCAACCUAACAAUAAGCCCUUCGUGUAAUUAUCUCUUUAUCGCCGCCGCUGUAAACAGUUAUCAGUUAUUUCUCUGUUGACUGACUUUGAUGUGCUCAGCCCAGAUCCCUCAUUUUUGGCUUAUUUUCUGUGUUUCUACAUGAGAGAUUUGAUGAUACGGGCAUAAAUUCAAUUACCUCUCUGAUAAAUCUCAGUCAGAAUCACAGCAAUUUAGCAGGAAAUGAUGGAUCCGAGUGUUGGGCGGUGUGAACAAAAUCUUAUAUCACGGUUUGAGUAAUUUCAUAUCACGGUAACAUCUGCUCUCUCGUUCCGGUAUAAACGGUAUAACGAAAUUUCUACCGGUAGACACUUUUAUACCGUCACACGGUUUAUACCGUCAUACCGCCCAACACUAAUGGAUCCCUCUGCUUUUCCUCUCUUCCUGAAGCUGUCAGGACGAUCUGCUGUACUGAAGAGUCAGGUGGAUAUGAUGGGUAGCAGAGUCCAUGUUUUAUCGGCUAAUAGUCACACUCUUCUGCCCUGCCUCUCCUCUUCAGACCGUCUUAGUUCCCGAUUUCUCUGACUCUCUCCCGAUGUCUCUUGACAGUGAUUGGACUAACGAGGAGGCUGCAGUCGAGCCCUUUCCCUUGACAUUUCUCCUCCCAAAUCCAGCCGCCUGGACCACAAAUAGAACACCCCGAGCAAAAUUGAAGCAAAUUUGAUCUCUUGCUUCCUGCCCUUCAUCCCCCGACCUCUCUGCUUCCUCCUCCUCAGCCAGCCAGAAACCAAUCUGCUCCAUAUCUACCUUAUCUCUCCAGGUAGGAAGGGACACCCAAAUGCAAUAUUAUGAUGGCUGCGCAUGACCCUUGAGGCUGUAUCUGAUCAAGCUGGAGAGCCGGAUGUGCGGGAGGAAUAUUCCAGGGAGAUGCAUGCAGCGUGAAAUCUAAGGGGCAGAGGGGGGGAAAUGGCGCUUUGGUCCCCUGUCCUCGCUUCACUGGCGGCUCCUGCCCUCAGAGUAAAGGAAUAAUGAAACAGAAAGUACAGGGGGCAUCCUGAUGUCAGCCAUCAGACACUCAGAGAGCGUGUGAACAGCAGCCAUGUGUCCGUGUGACGCCCCACACAACAGCUGAGACAGACCACACAGUGCUGACAAGACCGGGUGUGUGAGAAUACGUGUCCAAGGGGAAAAACUGCGAAGUGAGAGAGAGAGAGAGGGCGGGUGAGGACCUUUGCCCCGUGUUGUCAAAGAGCGGCUCAGCUCUCCGUAUCAGCAGACUUUUUCUCCUCUGCCCUUUGGACACCAAGACCUACAUUAUAAAUAUCUGAGCCGCUCUGUGCACGGGUGAACGCGUGCUGUCGUUUGUCUUUCUGUGAGAGCGUUUCUGUUGAAAAUCCCAGGAGCUCAGCUGUGAAGUCUCACAUAAAGCCUCUCACUGACUCAUCUGACUGUGCAUUCAAUUAGCCGAACAAAACGAGCGACUCUGAGUUAAAUGUCUUUGUCAAGACCUCUGCAACCAGAGAAACUCGCUGAUUUGUUAAUGCAACUGCACUUGUCUCUGUCAUCAUCAGCUGUAGAUUUCCUUCGUCUGUAGAUUUAGAUAUAACAGAUCAUGUGUGAAGGGCUCUUGUCCCUGACUCUGCUCUGUAGCUGGUGUAACCUAAACCCUGCGGCUGCAUGUGUAAAACAUACUAUAGCUCUUGUCUGAUCUGAUCUUGGAGUAAGAGUGCAAACAUGAUUGAUGAUCGGUCCUGAGGCAAACUUUGAUUUCAUGCAGGAAGCUGAUCGAAUCUGCUCAUGAUGACUUUGAAAUGUGAACGCCUUAAUUUCUGUUUAUGGUCGCUAAUAACUUUAUGGAGCAGUAAAAUCUUUUUCCACAGAAGUGUUUUCAUGUCAGGUUUACCUUCAGAUUUAUUUCUCUUUCACUUCCCCAUACGCCCGAUUUAUCAUACUUCCUACAUGACCAAUUUUUGGAGAUGAAGUUCUAGAAGCUGCAGUUCCUCGAGUGUCCACUUGAGGCUGUUUGCUAGAGCCUCAAAGCCGUAUACACACCCACUCUAUAAAGGCCAUCUUUACAGCUAAAUUAAACAUGUUUACUGUCUGGUUUAAGAAAUGAUCAAGGUUGUGUUUCUACUCUGCAAAAGGCUGACUCUGGGCCGAGGUAGCUCAUCUGGGUCAUUAAUAAAAAUGACUGAAUUCCAAUCAGUAGCAGCGUUUUGCUUAUCUGAGAUAGAAGCGGACAUAAAGCAUCUUUCUCUUUGACUCUAAAGUGGUUUGUGUUGCACGUUUGGGUCUCUUAUAUCAGAGGAACAUGACUGGUGUUAGUAGAGAGCUAAUAAUUCUUGGACAAACACACCAAGCAUAUCAAAAACAAAGUACUCCUAAAACUCGCGGUGUGAAACAGCGAGGACAGCGUUCAUCAGCGAGGCCUCAAUUUGAGCCGGUUAUUCUGAUCAGUUUCUUUACAGUUUUUCAUCACGGGGAAUAAAGAGGAGCACCUUUAGCUCCUACUUUGCUCUCAUUUACAAAAACCUCUUCAUGAAACCACUCGAUGUAAUAAGAGCCGGCUCUCUCCUCCUGUGUUUGAAGCUUUAUUUCUGCCUCUCUGGACCAGCUGUGAUGUUAAGGGGCAGGCCUGGAAGUCACGACCCAACUGGCCGUCUAACUGGAGUCGUGUAUAAAUAGCCCAGACACACCUUCUCUUCUCAGUGUGCCACAGGAAGAAAAAUAAGCACUUUGCUCCAGUAACCCAUGUUUUUGUCUUGCGCUGUAGUUUCUCUCCUUUUUCACAUUUAUUUAAAUAGGAGGGUUUAAUGAUAUAAAACCAUAUAACAGUAAAACAGUGAUUAAGUAAAUGCAGUAAGAAGUUCAGACAGAUUUUCAUGCUUUGACUGAAAAUGUAGAGGGACUGCGAAGGCCCCUACAGGACCCCCCGCUGUGGACUGUCCUGCAUUCAGAAAUCUCUGAACAAGUGGAACAUAAACCAGGACAUUCAAGAGCAAACAUGGAUCCCUAUUUUAGUCUUUGUUAGCAUGUGCUCCAGAUGCCUGAGCUCUAUGCCUUGUGCAAUCCUCUCAAUGCCGCACUUGAAAAUAUUCCAAAUACUCGCACUUCACCUUCAAACUAGAACAUUUCCAAUAUUUUCGAAGCCUUAUUUUGACUGUAGGGCAGGAAAAUAGGACAAAUUCCAAUUAAAACUUAAGAAACUGGCUCCUGAACUGGGUUUGUGACAUAAUCAGCGUGGAGCGAGGUUGUUAAAAGUUGGACCAAUUAUGUCUUAAAUUCGAGCUGCAAGAAGAUACGGUUAAUGUGAAUUUCAUCCCACAGCUGAGGUGUUUUUUUGUCUCUGUGAUGCUCAGACGGUGUGUGUGUCCACCACCUCAGAGACAAACACGAGAAUCAGUUAGAUUUAUUUCAGCUUGACAGGCACAGCUCUGCUCCUCACUGCUGUAUAUAUGCCAGAGUUCAUGCUGCCCAGUUAUAUUUAAGUUAGAUGACGCUUUAUUUUUGACGUGUUCACCUCAUUUGUUUCUGUUGAAGGUGUUUAAGAUCCAGCUGAGGGAGCGUCACGGACUUUGUUCUUAAUAAAGACAUUUCAGUGUUAACAUGCGAUUUAUAGUUUGUCCAUUUAUCCCAUUCAAGGGUGAGGGGGGACCCCAGACCUGUUUUCAGCCUUUCAAAGGGGCUGUCUCAUGGAUCUUAUAUAACCAGAGAGGCCCCAGCCAGGACUCGAACCAGUAACCUUCUCACUGUGAGACAACAGCUCUACUUGAAAACAACAAAUGUUGAAUCAAAAACCCCAGUUUAUUAUACUUACACUUGGAGCUCAGGUUGUGGAUCAGAAGAGCUCAUAGAUGGAGUACAGUGGACCCAGGAUCGGCUCAGACCCUCAUCCCUUUGUUUCUUACCCUCCUCUCUCGUUCUUACUCUCUACUUUCCUAUUGAUGGACAAAACUGUAAAAAGGAAGAAAAAUGAAUAUAUAUGCUGGGUGCAUGAAAUUGCAGUGUUAAUUAAAGCUCUUCAAACGCCCUACUGUGUGGGACCAAGUAUCACUUUGGUGAUUUGUAGCUCGCUCCAACUUUGAACAUUUUGCUUUUGAAAUAAUACAGCUCUCUCUUCCAAUGAGUCACCCUGUAACUACUUCAUGCCUCCUCACAGGAAAGCUGCUGGCACCUUUACUGCAUUAUUCACUCCCCAGUCACUUAAAUAUAAUUAUAUAUCUCUAUAUGAUUCAAGCUUACAGUUCCCAUCAUUUCCUGUUUAUACUGGAAUAACAUGCAAUCUUGUAUCCCAUUGCAUUGCAUCUUAAAGUGCAGUAUAGUAUCACUUUGCAUUGUUAUGUAAUGUGGUAUUGCAUUGCAUUGCAUUAGGUUGCAUGGCUUAGUUUUGCAUGUCUUGUGUAAUCAUGUAUGAUAUUGUGACUCGGGAUGUAACGGUAUGAAAAUUCUACCUCGCGAUUAUUGUGACCAAAAGAAUCGCGCUUUUUGGUAUUAUCGUGGUAUUUUUAAAAAUGUAUUCAAAAGCAUUUUUGAUGCUUUUAACUAGAGCUAAAUAACACCUUGUUUUCAUCAUUGCAUUAUAUCUAGAUACGAUUAUGGUCUUCAACUAGGCGUUCCCUCGAAAUUCCUACAAAACCCAAAAUAUAUGCCCAGACUUCAGACUUGGUCCUCUUAGAGGGCUGAUGGAUGUCUUUGCUGCUGUUGUCUUCUCCUUUCACCAUGAUUCCAUUUUAAACUUAAUAGAAAGUUUAAACGCAAACUGUAGGUUACACAGUGCGCCUGCACGGCUAUGAUGCACAGGAUGAUUAACCCAGGGUUUCCCCUUGAUCGUGGCACACUGCCAUGAGUCUUUUUCUUACAUGGCUUGAACUCAGACUUAUAUUUAUCAGUAUACUACAUACAUGCGGUGCACCUUGGAGCGCGCCUGCUGAGUAUUAGCAUUAGCAAGUUAUCGUCGGCGAUCACACAGCUAAUUAACAAGGGAGUUAGCUCGGCGAUCUCACAGCUGAUUUAUUUUGAGAUGAAAACGGUAAUCGUUAUCUUUUUUGUCAUGAUUUACCGUUACACCGGUUACCGUUACAUCCCUAAUUUUGACAUUUGUGUUGUUUUGUAUUGUACCGUUGUGUUGCACCAGGUCAGAUGAUGCCAUGUUGUGUUGUUUUGUGUAACAUUAUUAUGCAGGCCAACUCAGUGAGCUCGGGUGCACGCCGACUUUCAAGCGAAACGUACCCAGGAUUUUUUUACAACACCACGCCGUCCUAAAAAAAAAACCCCUGCAGAGUUUGGUUUUGUUUUCCAUGAUCACGACGCGGCUAAGAACUCACGCUGUGACUUACUGUCGCAUAAAUAUUUUCAGAGGAGUCAGUGGCGGUUGGUGCAGUGUCCGCUCGUCACAGGGAGCGACAUUGCUGCACACGCUGAUGCUCACUGCCAUGGCAAUGGGCUUGGUUUUUGUUCGGGAGAGAGGGCUGAGCACAGACAUGGCUCUGUGUGCUGUAUGUGUGAGUGUCAGAGGAGAUAUGUGUGAGUCUGUGGAGCUGAGGGUCGUUUUUUUGUGUGCACACAAUGACACUGAAUGCAGUAAACAGGCCAGAGCAUCUGUUGUCAUGAGUGUUGUCCUCUGUCCUAUUCAGGCAGCCUUCAUCAUUAAGCUUCCCAUCUCUUGUCCUUUUCUGCCACCCUUUUCUUACUCCAGUCUUUCGCAACUUUGGCCUCAUUCCCUCGUUCUCCAUUAUUUCUCUCUCUCUCUGACACCCCGUCCUGUUAUUUUUUCUCUCCUUCCUUUCCUCUCGCUCUGUCACUGUGAGCUUCUGAUUAUCCGUCUGCCUGCUUUCUUCUCCUCCCGCUCUUUCCUGCUCCACUUCUUCAAUCUGUUUCUCUUUUCCUCUCUUUCUUCUGCAGCCUCAAUGUUCCUCUGUGUGAAUAGCUGGGAUGCUUUUGUAGAAGGUUUCCAUAGUGAUGGGCCAUUUGAACAAGUCGUCAUUCACGUCUGUUCCCUGCGAGCUGGAGAGAGGCCAUGUUAUCUCGGCCCGACACACAGGCAGACCUGUGCCACUCAAUCACCACAACUGUUACCCUGUAACCAGCAAGCUGCUACGCAUCUUCAAGCUGGAGCUUAAUUACCAACACGUCUCGCUUCUGUUCAUCUCCCUCCACUGAGCCUGGCAGCGUUACGGGCGACGCUCGGUGAGAUCAAGUUACAGCUCCCUCUGAACUCGCCGAGGAACCUGUUAGUGAAGUUUGUUUAUGGAGGGAACGUGUAUAAUAUUAACUUCAGUAAGUGCAGUUAACAGUUAAUAUACAACCUGCCCUCAGUUUACAUUAUAUAGAGUGCAUUAAUAUUUACCUUGUGUUGAACUCGUACCAUCAAAGGGACUGAAUAAAGUUUUUUAUUCUUCUGUGAGCAAAAGGAAAAAAACAUUAAAAAAAAGGCAAAAGCAGAUCCAAACACUAAACCCUCUUUACGAUGUUAUUCUUCCGUUAGAAGACUCGACUUAAUAAACUAAACUGUUUUAUCCACAGAGAUCACCAAGACUGUCAAAAACUGGAGCUUUAUCUUCGUAAAUUUCAUACAUUUGGCAGUAGGGCUGGGUGAUAUGACCAAAAAGGCAUGAAUGUGAAUUUCAGUCAAUUUGGUAAACAAGAAAAAAAUCCUUACUGGAGCUUUAAUAAUCAGCUUUGAGGUUUGAGGCCCUAAAUCACCCGAUGGACCUUUCUGUGUUGGAAAUAACCUAUCAUGAAUGAAACUAUUAUAUUAUUAUAUAACAUAAUAGUUACAGCCAUCAUUUGAAAACCAGCAGGUAGUAAAUUUAAUCACAAGUCCCCCCUCUAAAAAAAGGAGAACCUACGUAGAAAUGUGGACGACACGAGCCGGUCAGAUAAACUCGCUCUCUCACAAUUACAGCGAAGUCAGAACAGUUCUGAUAACGCUAAUUUAACAGCAGACCUCAGGAGUCAAACAGGUAGACAUUUCCCUGCUGAGUCUCACUCGGAUCCUUCAUCACUUUGAACUCUCCCGGCUCGAUCAGCUCAUUUUCUCGCCUGAAUAUAUUUUUUCAACUCGACACAUGAAAGAAAAUGUAGGACAGGAUUGCGUCAGUGGUAUUCCCGGUGUUUGGCACCUUGGAGGAGCUCCACAAAGUUUAUUAACAAAAGCAUGUUCAAUCAAGCACAGGUUAAGCGGAAAGGAUUACAAAUAGGCUUAGUGUCUGGACCUGGUUUUGUACCAGGCGUAUCGUAGGCUCGCUAUUGUCUUCCGUGGUUGGCGUGGGGCGUGUGAUGACGGGGUUUUUCCGCUUCUCUGGGGCAGUUCGGGGCAGAGAGAGCAGCAGACUUCAGUCCUGUCUGGCACUCAGUGAUUGUAGGUCAAUGAGCCGUUGAACAUAACGUCCUGUUUUCUGAUGCUGGGAAAUGGUCGGUAUUCUCAUUUUCACCCCUCCAAGUUUCUCUCAAAAUGAGUGACAUCGGGGAAGAAGGAUCCCACACACAGCUAACAUGUGGUUGUAAAUUUCACAACUUUGUGUUGUUGUCUUUUGGGGGAAGUGGCGUUGACUGGAAUCUGCCGUUUUCUCUAAACUGUGGGAGCAUUUUCCCCCGGCUGUGGGUCUGGUACGGUGACUCAUAGGGCAUUUCCUAAGUAGUCUUGGGCGAAUACAAAAGGCCAUUUGAACAGACAGAGGAGUUGAUUAGCAUUGCGCUGAGAGGUUGCCCUUUUAAUUCCUGAGCUAAGAAGUUGACACCUUUUCUUCUUUCACAAUCCUGUUUUUACUGUCUGCCCUUUUAGGUGUGGGAGGUGGCAGUGGAGGUGUUUGGUCCAGAGGAGAAAUGUCACCGUCCCUCUGCUGCUGAAUUCCUCUCUUUAACAUCUGUUAUGUGUUGUUGGUGAUCUGAUUGGUUGGUGUCGACUCUGGCGUUCCCACAGGCUGUGAGAACUCACACCAUGAGCCUCAUUUGGCGUCGGUGUCAGUUUGUGUGUGUUUAUUGGUAUUGACAGAUGUUUAAAGGGUAAUUAGUAUUUAAGGCCUUUAUUGACUUCCAUUACUGAGAGGGGACGCACCUACAGCUGCCUGGGAGGGACAAAAAUAUUAAAGUUUCAUAAUGUUCAAUCAGAAUAAACUGUAUAUCAGUAUGCGGAUGGUAAAAAGACAGGAGGUGAGGGUCUGGGGCUUGAAGUCUCAUGCAUUAAUACACUGCUGGUUAUGCUAACAGAAGCAAUUCAGGGUUCAGUGUCUUUUCCAAGAACACGGCAACCCUCUGACUCCAUCACAAGGUCACAGACUCCUGUAAUGAGCUCAUCUACCUCUGACACUCAAUUUCAUAAAAGCAUCCCAGUCAGGUGGUUGUACUGUUUGGCAGUGUGAUGGUAUAUAGAUAGAAAUUUUGCACUGAAUUUCAUUAAAGCCUCCCAAUCGGGUCGUGCCGUCCACCUCAGCAGAAUCAUCUAAGUUUUGUUUGUAUUGGUGUCCCAGACAGUUGCUAUAAAAGCUCGGAUUGUCUGACAGCCAGGAGAUGCCUGUGGUGGAAAACAGCGUGUUUAAUUGUAAUCACAGUGGCUGCAUGGAUUUGCCAUCAGUGGAGCUUCAGUCAAGUGUCUUUUUAGUUUCUGUAGACAAACUGAUGCUCAACGUUUGUCAAACUGUUAGAGAAAAUACCAAGUAGAAAAAUCACAGACUGUUAGUGUCAGAAAUCUGAAGUUUUCUCUGAUCAACGACUCAAACAUCUGUGUGUAUAUUGAGAGGAUUUUAUUUGACUUUAUGGGCGAAUAAAGAUAGUUUGUGUUGUUGUUUUCGAAAUGAUCGUAGAGGGAAAUUCAGUCGUUUCAACGCCAACAAACAUAAGACCCAAUAAAAGGCACGUGCUAUACCAUAGGCUGGGAUGUAAAAGCUAUAAUAGGAGCAGUUAAAGAGGCUGUAAUCGCUCCCCUCCACAUAUUAACACAACCCUGUAAUUGCAGUGAACCUUGGUUCCUCUGACACAUAAACACUUUUUAUGGCGAGUAAUAAGAAAUGGAAAUCAAUAUUGAUUUUAUGACGUUAUUUAUGUCACGUACAGAUCAAACUCCUCGCUGUGUGUGUGUGUUCCCCUCACCAGUGCCUAUCUUGUUUAAGUAUUAAGUCACUACAGGGAAGGAUUAGGUGGAUUAACGAUGCAGGGCAUUUCUCUGCAGAGUCACAUGGACACUAAGCAUUCUGGGAACCCACGUGUCCCGACCAGUGCCUUGUCCUGGAGCUGCUUUUAUAAGAGAGAGACCGUCAGGAUGUCCUUACCAUACCUACGCCUAAAUUAGACAUGGUUGCCACAGCUCAGCGCAGCCUUCAUGGCUGUGGUUUUGUGUUUUUCUGUACGCGACACAGACAAUUUAGCAGAAAUUACCCCGCCGCCGCCGAGCUCUAACCUGUUCAUUAGAGUCUGGGCCUCAGAGGGAUGGUGUGAAGUUUGUUUUGACUCCUCUAAAUCUCUCUGUGUAUUGAGGCAUCAUCACAGUUAUUUAUCUCUCUUUCCCACUGCUCUCUCUCUCUCUCUCUGUCCUGAGCUCACACACAGCUGAUUACACCGCCCAGUGUGGCUGACCUGAGACCACACACCCACACACACCUACACACACUCACAUGCUUGUACACACAAACACACACAUUGGAUUAACUUCUUUGGAUCUUUCCCAGAUGCUGUGUGGUAGGUCAUGAAAUAACUGACCCGUACUGGUCCCAGGCGGGCUUCUCUGGAACCUCAUUAAGAAGUACUACCUUUGUUUGCUGAAAGUUUGCGUUGGCAGACAACCUUUGUCUUCAUUAUCAUGAUUCCUGCGAGGGCCGAGGGCACUUUUCAGUUUUAUCGAUUUGGAUUUAAUUCUGAUUCUGGUCAUACUUGUCCAUUUUCACUUCUUUCUGAUUCCAUUAUUUUAUGGUUUAGAGUUAAAAAUAAUGAAACGACUAAGCCCGGGGCGUCGUUAGCCUGCAUGUGCCCUUUAUACCGAGGUUUUUAUAAGUUGGCAGUCUGGGUCUGGUCGAACCCAAGUCCACUGUCUGCGUGUCUUUCCCUGCAUUCAUCACUAUCCCGCCCUAUUUGAACGUUUAAAGACAUGAUUCGUACCCAAUUCUGACAGUGAUAAUGCAACAGCUGCUACAGGCAUUGAUACAGAUUAUUAGCAGUUCAUGAGACCAAUAACCAAUAUUUGAAACUGAUAUUUAAUGACAGUUUAAAAGAGUUUUCAGUUGUUGCAAUAUUAUAAACUCCAACUCCAAUUUGGUUGAAAUGCCUUUUGUAAAUAUUCAAAACCAGCCGUCUAAUCUACUAAAGGCAGAGUUUACUUUUACAUGGAGCAUAGGACUCUGCCUAGGGUGCAGAGAGGCCUGGUUAGCCUAUUUUAUAGCUAUAUUGUUGUUUUUGAGCUUCAAUACUCCCAUGCUUGUACCUUUUAACACACUAUAGCCCUAAUAAAGCCGAAAACACACAGGAUCCGUAUUGAGCGCGCUCUGUAUUUGUUCUGUAGAGCAGCGCUGUCUAUCACAUACAGGAUGCGUAUAUGGAGCAUGUCCGAGGCGUAGUUCAGCCCCGGUCAGCAGGGCUCAGUAUAGAGGAAACAACAUGCUCACAACAGGUUGUUUUUCCUCUCUGUGGUCGAUUUCCUGAUACUUUGGAUAUAAUUCAGUGACCGUUGAGCCUCUACUUUAUGUGAAAAAGCAACGUGAUUUUACAGUUUGUGUUUUUGCAGGUUUACUGGUGUUUAAUAAAGUAAACUAUGUUCCUUUAUGCUGUGCUGUUACCUUCAGACAGAGUUAGCAGUUCAAAGUCCUGUUGGAGUCCUGUUGGAUAAGGGAUUGACCACCGGAUUGUUCUGUUACUGAUAAAUCCAGAACCAGGAAGGAUUUCUCAUCUACACAAACUGAUACACAGUCAGGAGUUCCCAUAUGAUGUUUUAUUAUGAAAUACCGGAUAACGUGCGGUUUUCAUGCUUCACUUCCUGUCUGAAACAAUCUUCUCUGUGUGGAUUGACAUGCAUUGGAAGCGUAGAGCAGCAAAAAUAGACUCGCCACGUAUCUAUAGCAGAUCUGCUCUCGAUACGAUGCUGCGACGGAUCUGAUACACGUCCUGUACCCUUUGCUGCAUUGAUCGGAAUGGAAACCUAUUUGCUGCGAGAUAUGUGACACUGCUGCCACACUCCAAAUACACAUCUUGUAUGUUUUAGCAUUAACACCACAUUCAAAUAAAUAUUGUGACUGCAAAUACAAAUUACAACAGGGAGAAAUGUUUAUUACACAGAGAGAAACACAGACAUUCACCCUUUACUUUAAUCUGGUGACCCUUUGAGCCCAAAAAUAAAAUAGAAAUAGAAAUACCCAGGAUUUUGUAACUCAAGUAAGGUAUCAUAUUGUUGGUGCACAUGUUGAAGCUCAUGUAAUCCUUAUAAAAGUGUACAGUACUCACAGAUAGCAUUAGUUUCCUCAAACCCUCGAUUCAGAGAGGUAAGGUGAGCGGAGAUGGAGAAACUAGUCCUGGAGACGCUUCCUGUAGACAUGUAGGCUGAAAUUAAAAACACUAAUGAAGUUGCUGUUCAUUCUCAUACAUUUUCAUAUUGUCACCAGUUCAAAUAACACCCAUACUCACUGAGGAAACUCGGCGCUUAAUAGUUCUCCCUCACACAUGCGCAGUCUCCUUCUCGCAGCUAGCGGUAACGAAGCUAACUCUAGCUCUGUACACAACGAAAAUGGCGUCGCGGAUAUUCAGUUCAAUUCCCGCGGAAACAGCUCUGAACUCGGAUCACUCCUACAUUUAGUACCGGUAACACACAAAAAAAUCCUAAGGUUUAAGUAACAACAGUAACUUUAAACAGUUUCAAACGGCUUUCAUUCACUUUCCCAUGAUGUUGUCACUCUUAUUCCUCAUCUCUCCCGUUUCUAAUUUUAGUCCCGCCCCCUACAGAAUUCGAUUGGUAGUUGAUGCUCAUCUCUGACAGGCACGGAUUGGCUAAUAACAGAUUGAUACCUGGUUACUCAAAUAAACGAAAGAAACAUCAUGAGACAUUCACAGACCAUAAAGAACAUAAGACAUUUUAGUACCUUCCCCAAAUGAAGUGCACUUAUUCAUUUUAUUUAACCAUAGAAAAAAAAUAACAGGCAAUAUUGCAAAAUACAGGGAAUAUUUGUAAACCAAACAUGUGUUAAAGAAAUAACAUCAUUUAUAGCAGGGCAAAGACAACAGGCACGCCCGCAGAGGAGCCUAAGACGUUAAUCAGUUCAUUUUAUUGUUAUUCAUAUAACAGGCCAAAUAACAAAUAUCGACCCUAAUAUCAGGAGAUUAAUCAGUCUACUACAAUAUAGUGCACUUUUUCCACUUUAUUGUCUUUUAAGUGAACUUUACUCAAACUCAAAUACGAACCAAAAACUCACAUUUGGGGGAAUCAACAAAUCUCAAACAUUCAGAGUUAAGCCUUUCUCUGCACACAAUCAAUACUGUUGACAAACUCAGACCUCAUUUCAACGAAGAAAGUUUCCUGCUUAUUUUUUCUUGUGAAAACCACCUGAAAAAAAAACCUCCACUAAUCUAUCACAGUCAUCGUGCGGUCUUAAUUUAGUUUUGCGAGAGCCUUCCUGAUUUAUCGGUAAUUCAUUGCACCUUUGUUCAGCAUUUUCAUUAAAUGCAUUCAUCUACACCUGCACUAAAUCACUCAGAGGACAGAAAUGAAAGUCUCUGGGAAAUUACCCCGCGAGUAAUUGAACCUCCCUCUCUCACAGGUGCGUAUUUCUAAUUAUAAUAAAAGAUAGUUGUUACGCUGCGGAGGCUGCGUGGUUCAAAAAGAGGGGAAAAAAAGGGAGAUAUACUGAAUAUAUUCAUGACGCUGUAAUGAAAAUGGAGACAGCAAAUGAGCUGUUACUGAAAAUAACAUCACUCUCCUGCUCAGAGUAAUAUUUUCCACUCAGAAUGAAGACAGAUUCACCUCUAAUUUGUGUGUGUUUGGGUUUGCUCGUUAAAGAUCCAGACCCAUGAGGUAUAUUUGUCUGUCACCGGGAUAAAAAGAGCGUUUAUUUGUGUGCGAGAGAUGUUCCCUGCGUUAUUUCACAACAAGCGCUGUCAUGUCUGAGCUUGUUUUAUGUGAAACUUGGCUCCCAGCUCCGAGCAGGCUAAUAAAACAUGUUUGUGUGCUGCAGGCAGACUGUGAAAGCAGCGACAGACUGGUGUGUGUGUGUUUGCAGUAAAGAAGAGUGAGAAUGAUCUAAAUGAUCCUCAGCCCACACAGUUUUUGACAAGCGUCUGUGAAGGCAGGCCGGUGUCUCCUGCAUUCACGCCGUCCUUUAUUACAUUACAGUCUGUGUUCAUCGGAGAAUAAUAUGUCAAGCUGGGAGAUGAGCCAAUCAGCAGCACUCUUUCCCUGCUGCCAUCGUUUCUGCUCCAGCUCUCCUCUCUCUCUCUCUCUCUCUCUCUCUCUCUUUUUUUCCAACUUCCACUCCCUCUUUUGUCUCCGUCUUUGACUCGCCAAGCCUCCACAUUGCGGCAGGUGUUCACACAUUCACAUGAUAUUAUAUUUCACAGUGAGUCAGGAUUGGAUUGAGACUCACACUUCUUAGGCGUGGCGGCGGCAGCGGUGUGUUUUUCCAGGAGUUGUGCGUUUGUGUGUCAGUGAGCAAAGUCCGAGCCGUUCCAGAUCUGUGGAAGAAGAAAAAUACUGAAAAGUAUUUUCUCUUCAGAUAUUUCACUGCAGUAGAGUUGGACAUGAUAGAGAUCCAACACCUUAACAAUAGUAAUAAUAAUAAAAUGCUCUUUUUCUGGUCCUUCAGUGUGAGGCAGACUGACUCCUGCUGUAUGUCAUCCUCCAUGUUGGGAGCAGCAAGCCUCUGAUUGCCUGUAAAACCUGAAUUUUGCUCGUUUCUGUGAUGAUUUAUAUGGACAAUGUUAUUGGGUGCUGCCUUGACUUUGUCAGUGUCAUUAAACUGUUCAAACUAAAACAUAAAAAGUGAGUUACUGGAGGGAAGAGAUGAUUUUCUUACAUUUAGAGAGAAACAGGCUGGCUGUUUCCUUUGGUUUUAUUUAUUAUCUCAGCCUGGUGUAGAAGAAAGAAAAUAAUCCCAUCAUAAUCCUCCUUCAGUAAUAAAUAAAACUGUUUAUUGUUCAGCGCUGAUGAUAUAGAACAGAGGAUGCAGCAUUUCCAAAAAAAGAAAGUCAAAUUUUGAAUCCCAGACCUGAUUUUUGUAGGUAGGGCUGCACGAUUCAUCGGUUUUCAAUUGUUAUCAAAUUACUUGAUUAUGAUGAUAUUAAAGGCCACCGUAGGCUCCUCCCCCUUCCUGUGGGAGCACUCCCCAGUUCCCUCACACACCUCUGUAAACAAACAUGGCGUUUACAAAAGAAGGUGAUAAUUUCGUGGUCAAAUAGGACAAGAGCGAGUCAGUCGUGUUGAAUUGGUACGACUUCACAGUUUCAGAUGAAGAGUAAACCACUCCCCCUGCAAAGUCUGUCUGAAGGCGGAAUCAACCCGUCACCACGGAAACUAAUUCAGGAGGAAACGCUAAAGUUUUUUGUCAUAUCGGUGUUUCAUCCACAUGAAAAUGGUGUUUCAGGUGACUGUAAACGGUACUUUUUGAAAACGGGUCAGAGAGUGAAUAAAUCUGUAAACGACGACCAUUUCAUCUCUGUGUGGAUGUCUAUCUGCAUCUCUGGAAACGAUCAUGUGACACAGCGUAACUCUUUUAUGGCGCCAAAACAACCUUUAUACACAUGCUCUGUACUCUUCUUCUGUCUUUUGUGCAUUUCCUGUGCAGCGUUACAGCGCCACUUACUGUCUUGGCAUAUGAACUACAUCGUUUUCAGUGGUUUUGUUUAGAAAGAUGAUAGAAAAACUUGUAAUUUUUAAAGAAAAGUUUGGUGAGGCUGUCAAUGAAUGACGAAUCGAAAUUGAAAAUCGAGUUUUCAGAGAAAGAAAUUGGAUUUUUUUUGUCCUGCAGCCCUAUUUGUGGAUUCAGGAUUUUUAUGUAUUUUAAUGUCGGUUUCCCGACUUUAAAACAUCUUAACGUGACUCAUCCUUCCUCGUCUUAGUUCAUCAGAUUAGACGACAGAUCUUUCGGCAAUCCAUCCAACCCUUCCCCUUUUAUAAAGCCCUCAACAUCCCACGCUGAAUGAGCAGUUGUGAGUGUGUGUGGUGAGUCAUAAGGUGUGUUUAUCCAGGUAACAGUCUGCACCAGGAUCAUUGAUAUUAUCAGCAAGAGAGGAAUCAACCAGACGAGACGGAAAACCACAGAUGUCUUUUUUUUUUUUUUUUACGACCCUCUGUCAGUUUUGAAGUCUGCGUUUUUCUACUUUUUAUAAUUUUAGUUUAAGUCACCAUCAGCGCCGGUUUUUCUGCUCUGAGCUUGUUUCAUAAGAAAAACAGCAAAUUCCUGUCAGAGUUAUUUUAAUGUGACCUUUAAAGAGGAGUUCAGUUAUGUCAGAUUAAAGAGAAAAACAAGACGGGUCCACGGCGGCUCACUCCGGUCUGUGGUUUGUAUUCAGACACAGCUCCACUCUGAGUCUAAAUCUAACUUCUAUUUCUUCUCCUUUUUCUCCGUCUGGUUCCAUUUCACUGACCUCUCCUGACCGCUGGAAGAAAUCGCUCUGGGAUGAUGUUAGAAAUUGUGACUGCGACACUUCUGCUGGUUUUGAAACACAUUUCUCAGUCUCAGCCGAGCAAAAACUGUCGGAUUCAGGAUAAAACUUAAGAACAAAUUUGAUCAUGUCGGUGUUUUGUGUUUAAAGAUGUCGGGGUCAGGAGGGCAGACUGUUUAAGAGGCUUUCCUGAGGCUGCUCCUCCUCCUCCUCCUCCUCGUUCAGGUGAAAAAUCCUGUUUGUGAUUUGGUGCUCCGUCUGCUGCUCUCUGCUGCCCCUCAUGGCUCGUCUUUUCACGCAGUUCUCUGACCCUGAGCAGCUCUUUUCUUAAACACUAAAGCAGAAUUAAACACACACUGGGACUCCAACACUUAAGUGGAGUCAAAGGGGUGUUGAGAAGGUCCCAAAGCUUGUUUUUCCAGCCGCAGAGUGGAGUUGUGGUCAGGCUGUCACUGCCUCCCUUGUCUCCCUCCUUAAUGUGCUUCUCUGCAUCCCUCAUUUCCUCCCCACCGCUGCGCUCCUCGUACACCCCGAGCCAAUCUCACAAAAGAAUGAGAGGGAGGAAGAAGAGGGAGGAGAGCAAACAAGCCUGUGGUGGUGCAGAGAGGAGGGAGGAGUGGAGCAGGACAAAGAGGUGGAGAUGGAGGAAGGAGAGGAAACAAGGUUGAAUCUGAGGAUGGAGAGAGUACGUGGAUGAUGGCGUGAUUGUGUGUCUCUACAUGUGCUCUCUUUAGGUUUGUGUAUCAUCGGCGUUGAUGCCAGAGUUCCCCCCCGUGUGUGUGUCUGUGUGUGUGUGUGUGGAGCUGUAUUCAGUCCUGUGUGUUUAUGCGUGCGGACUCAGCUCUGCAGCUCAUCACACGCUACAGCCAACUGCUGAUUACACAGCACUUGUUUUGUCCUCGCUCGCCUCUGUUCUGCGCCCGUUUUCCGCCUGCGUGGAAUCAGACGGAGAGCUCUGUCCAACUCUCUGAUACCCGAGUUCUUCUUCUGCAGCUCUGAGGACACCUCUGCAGGCAUCUGUUCAGAGCCCAGGCCGCAGCAAACAGGCGGACAUUUGCGUCCUCCUCGCUCAAUCUCUUGAUCUCUCUCUCUCUCUCUCUCUCUCUCUCUCUCUCUCUCUCUCUCUCUCUCUCCUGUUUACUCAGCCUGAUGACAUUAUGACAAUCAAGAGGAGAUCAGUUCCGUCCCACUUCCUGUCUGGAGGCUCCCCGGUGUGCCUUUUUUCAGUCUGUUUGUCUUUUACAGCUACAUUGCCUCCAUGAAUGAUUGGAGUCCUGUUCGGUGACAUCAGGCGAGCGUUAGCGGCCCGUAACUUAUGGUCUCCAUAGGAGCUAAUGAGAUGACUGAUGCUCGCACAUCAGAGCAUCAUUUGAAAGCCAAUUGUGUGUAAGCUGAUUAGACAAUAGCUCCGGACAGCUGAUGUUCAUUUUUCAUCAUGAGUGUGUGCUGUUCAGUUAUUUAGAGAGAGAAACAGGCAGACGGAGCGUGUCUGCUUCCUGCCUGCUUCGAGAGAAACUGCAGGGUUCAGUAAAUAACGACAGGAAGACAGAUCGCAGGAUUUCUCCGAGAAAAGACGAGACCUUGUUGACGGAAACCAAGAGCAGACUUUUGAAAGAAACUAAUCGCAUUUCAACAUAUUUGCGCUGCAUGAUAUUUAUCAUCCGAUGUGUGUGUCUGAGCCGGCUGAUUGGAUCAGGGGCCGUCAGUGUUUACCUUGAAGGAUAAAUGAUCCAUCAUUUGAGGAAAGAUCAGGGUCCCAGGAGACCCGGAUGAGCAAAGCUCUGCCCUCAUAAAGCAUGUCCGGUCUGUGAGGCAUGAAGGACUGCAGUUUCUUCUCCCUCCAUAAGACUUGUGCACAAACCAAUCGAACCCUCUCCCAUUUAAACAUCAACUUAGCCCAACGCUCUCGAGGAGGUGCAUUAAAUUUGUCUCCUGUCUGAACUCCUCUGCUCCCUCAGCACUGCAGAGAGGAGACGCAGCAGCAGCCAAGUCUUGACAGGCACUUCUGAUGUCGCUCCACCUCAUCCACUACACUUAUCCAUUGCAGUACAUGAUCUGAACCAGCUCCAUGUGCUCAGACUCCACAGCAGGCCUCUGUGUCUGGGUUUGGUUUGGAUACGUCGUCGUUUUUAUCCGUUCUUUGCAUUAACCCUCUCUGUCUCUGUCCUUCUCUCUGUCUCUCUGCAGGCGCUCGCAGCAAACGCAGGCACAGGGUUCGCCGUGGCCGAGCCACAGGUGGCGAUGUUCUGCGGAAGGCUCAACAUGCACGUCAAUAUCCAGACCGGGCGCUGGGAACCGGACCCGUCUGGUACCAAGAGCUGUGUAGGAACCAAAGAGGGUGUGCUGCAGUACUGCCAAGAGGUGAGUCACACAGACACAGAAAUACCCCGACCUCUAAAAAUCCUAAAAAUGUUCAAACUAAAGCAUCAAAGCGAGCCGUUAGAGGGAGGACACAGAUUUCUUACAUCUAGACAGAAGCAGGCAAACUCUUCUACAUUUUUGUUUUUGUGCCAAACUAAGCAAAUAUCCAUCAGCUCCAAAUUUAGACAAACAACAUGAGAAUCACUGACGACGUUUGAAUUUAGCGAAGUAUAGAAAGAAAACGAUCAGAUCCUUCUGUUUCCCUCCAAACUUUGGUCUUUUCUGUGAUAAAUGUAAGAAAAAUGUAAGAUCAGGCUGCAUUUAAAAAACCAUCUGAUAACAGAGGAUUCAGCAGACCAGGCCAGACCAGGUCCAGAGAGAACACCCACAUUUCUGGGUCAUGUUGAUAUCUGGUUUCCUCUGUUCAUAGUUCAGUUUUAAAUAGGGCUGUCCCGAUAUCGGUUCAAUAUCAGACAAAAAACAAAUAUCGGAUUGUAUCGGCCUGCAUCUAUAUUUCAGAUAUCAGUACUCGGAUACAGGCAGUCCAUUCCAGCACCUGAAGCAGCACCCGGAUCACAACAGUGUGUGCUGAGGUUCUAACUUAGUACCAAGGCGUAGGAGUGAUGUUGGCUGAGUGGCAGCAUUUUUUUAGUCCGAAAAAUAUGUCGCAGCUGAGUGAAAAACUUGUCAUGCACAAGUUUGUGCCGAUAUUGGAUCGAUAUCGGUAUCGGCCAAUAUUAAAGGCUACAAUAUUGGUAUCGUAUUGAAGGUAAAAAAGAAGUUGUAUCUGGACACCCUCAGUUUUAAACCAAAUUUAAAGAUAAGAUAAUAAAAUAUCAUUUCUUGGAAGUCGUUUUGAGCUGAUGCAGAGAUUUCCACUUCAGAGUCUGUUUUUAAUGCAGUUCUGCCUGAAGGCUCAAAAAUCCAAACCUCUCCAAAUGUUUUAAUUUUUGAUGAUAUUUUGAACUUUAAACGAUGAACAUUAAUGUGAAAUCUCUGUAGUGAAGCUCCUCCCAUCUUUACAUGACCUCCCCUUUAAUUCCCGUAAACCUCGUUAUCCUGCAGGUGUUUUUUCUGUUGUUGUAAGUACGGGUGUCCCAAUACAAUGUGUUUUACUUCUGAUACCGAUACCAAUAUUGUGUCCUUCAGUAUCGGCUGAUACCGAUUUUGAUCCGAUAUUUCUUUUGUGGCUGAUAUCAGACCGAUAUCUGAUAUCAAUAUCGUACAGGGACAGCUUUAGUUGUAAAUGUCUUUCUGUGUGUUUUCGAGCUCAGCCUCUGCCUCUUGUUUUGCUUUUGUGUGUAAUUCGAUCCCUUCGGUUUGACCUGUUUUGCAGGAUUAUAAGAAAUAAGAGUUAUCUAUCAAUAAGGACAGGAUUAAAAAGUAAUAUUUUGCGGUUCGGAUAAAUAUUUGUGGAAGGUCAGAUCGAUUUUCACUCUGUUAUGAGGCUGUUAGUUUCUGCUGAAAGCCGGACUUGGUGGUUGGCAUUUGAAUCAGCAGAAUCAGUGAGUGACAUUUCCUUACGCUAAAGCAUAUGUUUCCCUGUGAAAUGACGGUCCUCGCUCUUGUUUACUUGUUUUUACUCCGACUGUAUCUCCUCCCGGUGUGACUGUCAUGGUUUAUUAUGCAGCUGUCCAAGAAAAAAAAGAAAAGCAGGGCUGUAUACAUUCAGGCUGCGCUCUCCACAUCUAUUGAUGACAUUUUGAUGGCAUUUGGGGAAACUGCAAAUUGCAUGGUCUUUCAUGGCUGAACAGAUGGCAUCUAGAGAGUAUAAAACAUGGAUUAAAGGAUCCCAUUGAAGCUCCACUUCUCUCUCUCACACACACACACACAUAGAAAUCCAUCCAUCAUUAUUUGAUACACUCUCUGCCUCUUCUUCCAACAGAUGUAUCCUGAGCUUCAAAUCACCAACGUCGUGGAAGCCAACCAGCCAAUCCGAAUCGAGAAUUGGUGCAAGAAGAAGAAGGUGUGCAAAGGCCACGCCCACAUCGUGGUGCCUUAUAAAUGCCUAGGUAAGGUUCAGCUUAAGGGCUCGGGAAAACCACUUAGAGAGGUGUGAGUGGUAUCAAGUGUUCCCCCUCUUCUUCUUCUUCUCUCUAAGCCGUCUUGGAGAAAUGAGAGAUUAUGAUGCAUAUUAGCCACAGGCAGAGGUGACACGGAGCAAUAUCGGAGCCCGACUCGGUGGACUAAUCUUGGCCUUGAGCUGCAGAUUGAGGAGAUCCAGGCUGGAUGGGAGCUAAUGUGUCUUAAAAAAGAUGGCUGAGGGGGAAAGCUUAUUAUUGCCGGGGAAGCUUGUUUAGCAAUAAAGCACAAUCUUAUUUCCCCUCCUCAGACAGAGGCCAUAAACUCACACAGACACACAGGGUCAGCAAGAGAGAGGUCUGUGAGGAGGAGACCUGCUUUAUUACUCCCCAUUUCUCCAUCCGUCUGUGCCGUCGUCAUACACACCUCUCCUCCUCCUCCUCCUCCUCCUCCUCGGUCUCCUGCAGCAUCGCUGUAAUCAUCUGUGGCAACAUGACCAAUAUUCUGCUUUAUUAAAUGUCAGAGAGUUUCAGACUUUGCAGUCCACAUGUCUGUGUGAUUCCCUAACUCGCAGAAACACGCUCUCUCCCUGUGAGCGGUGCAAUAACAGAGGACAGACACUGAAACAAGGCCCCUCUCUGUCCUUUGAAAGCUGUGUCAGGAAGGAAAAAACAUCUUCCUCCAUGCUUCAGAUGCUUCCCAGCAUCCUUCCUCUGUUUGAAAUCCUCUUGCUGAUUGAGUUGUGCCUCUUCCCGUGAUGAAAAAGCUAUUAGCAGUAGCAGCGGACUGUGAAAUGGGCUAGUAUUCAAGAGCGUUUUUGGCAAAUGCAGAGGGGAGGCUUGUGGGAAAUUCACGGGACAGCAAACACCACAACUGGAGUGGUCGCUCCCGCCUGAGACGGGAAUACAGAUGAGAAAGGAUCGCUCUCCUAAAUCCCUCCGUUUGCUCCUCUUCUCAUUACACACCCUGAAGCUGAUUCCUCCAGACUACCUGCUGCCACACCUGAUCGCCUCUCUUCUCCACUUUGGCCGGCUGUUGCAUCCAUCAACAAGCCAAGACCUCUCAUUAGGAUUCUGCGCGCCGGUGCCACGACUGCCAUUUAAUUAAAACAAACCCAUUACCUCCUCUGGAAUCAUUAAAUACUCCCGUCGCUUGUUCCUGCGCAGUUUUUGUCAUCAUUGCAAAAAGGUCGGCUUACUCAUGCCCCAUCAAAUUACAAAGGCCUCUGCUGCUCCGCUGGGGAGCAAACGAGGAGUCUGGACGGAGAGAACAGAGGAGACAGAUGGAGGAGGAGAGAUAAACAUAAGGUGUUGGCGAGGAGGAGGCUAUCGAGAGGGUUUCUGCUUAAUUACGUAAUGGAGCAUGUUAGAGGCUUAAUUGGAGGGCUCUGAUCAUAUGCUGCAGGCCGUGGCAUGCCUCCGCCAGCUCGCCGUGCCUCGCCUCGCCUCUGCAGCCCAUUAUUUGUGGAGCCUCUCUAUCAUAUCAAAGUGCAACGACGACGAAGAAGAAGAAGAAGAAGAGGAGAGCGUUUGAAUUAUUCAUUAUUUGUGAUGUUCGGAUAGUGUUCCUGAGAAAUGGACAUCAGAGGUUCUGCCUAAUAUUCAUCAGUGUACAUUAAUUAUGGCGGAAUAAAAGAGAGACCAAAGGAAGGUGGGCUUCAGCUUGAAGGACGUGAUUAAAAGAGCCAGACUCGGAGCGCACAUGUCAACUUAAUAGGUUCAUAUGAAUAAUGCAAGUGCAAAGGAAGGAGCCGGGUGUAAAGAGAAAGUCGGCGCUGCUGCUGCUGCUGCUGCUGCGGCGGUGGCGGAGGCUCAGCCGCUCAGCCACAAUCCCUUCAUGUUUCAUGUUCCCAAACAACAGCUCUGCAAAUGAAUGUGAUUUCUGUUCCACGCCGCUCUAAUCCCUGCAGCGUGAUGUCUUUGUCACACAGCAGAGGGUUAUUUUACACAUUUUAUUAUUAUUAUGUCUGGAGUGGAGAGAACAGUCAGUGUGUGUGUGUGUGUGUGUGUGUGUGUGUGUGUGUGUGUGUGUGUGUGUGGUCUCUGCACAAUAACUAAUCUGUGAAGGGAAAAGCUGCUGAGAGAGGAGAGACUUCGGCGUCCUCGGAGUUAGGGCGACACGAUUUUGGACAAAACUAAAAAUCCAGAUUUUUUUUCUGAAACUCGAUUUUGAUUUUUUAUUCAGUGACGACUUCACUAAACUUCACUCUAAAAAUAUGUUUUUCUAUCAUCUCUCAAAACGAAACCACUGAAAUUAUGCAGUUCAUACGCCAGGCCAGUAAGUGGCGCUGUAACAAGCGAUGCAGAUAGACAUCCACACAGAGAUGAAAUGGUCGUCGUUUACAGAUUUAUUCACUCUCUGACCUGUUUUCAAAAAGUACCGUUUACAGUCACCUGAAACGCCGAUACGACAAAAAACUUCAGCGUUUCCUCCUGAAUUCGUUUCCAUGGUGACGGGUUGAUACCGCCUUCAGACAGACUUUGCAGCGGGGAGUGGUUUACUCUUCAUCUGAAACUGUGAAGUCGUACCAAUUCAACACGACUGACUCGCUCUUGUCCUUUUUAACCACAAAAUUAUUGCCUUCUUUCGCAAACGCCAUGUUUGUUUACACUGGUGUGCGUGAGAAUUGGGGAGCGCUCCCACAGGAAAGAGGGAGCCAACAGUGACCUGGAGGCUCGAGACAUGAUAGAGAGGAAAAUUGAUUUGACGACUUUAAUUUUUUUUAACAUCGUCAGAAUCAAAUAAUCCGAUUACGAUUUAAAAUCGAUGAAUCGUACAGCCCUAUACUCUGAGUGAACAGACGUGUAGGACCUGUAAUUUUACUCCUGAACUUGUAAAAAAACUUGUUGGUAUUAAGACGUCUGCUGAAAAUGAUGAAGUUAUUUCCAUAAACUGAAAGUUUAACCCUGGAGUCAAAUGCAAAUGUCACUCCAAUUAUGCCUCAUUGGCCUCGUAGGAAUGUAAACUGUGGAUGUAAGUGGAUCAGAUGGAGAUUAAAUCAGGAUAUGUCUUCAUUAUAAGAUGUAUUUUAACGUUUUUACAGGCAGAAACAAAAACUGAAAACCCUGUAUGAGUCGUCUGAUCCCGCCUAGAUCCUGAUAAAUUAGAUUCCUCCUUUAGAAAGCCUCUGAAACAGAAAAACUAUCCAUGCUGUCGAUGAGUAAACUCGGUUGGAGCUUAAUUGAAUUUCCUCAAGUCUUUUCUUACCGACACACUCCUCACAUGUCUGCAGUCAGUCGGUGCAGCAGUCGAUCCGGGACCUGGAUGGUGUCAGCGAGGGCGUCUGAAAGGAGGAAGGUUAAAGGAAAGUCAGAUAAAUAGAGUAUAGAUAGAGGGGAGGAGCACGACUUCACACACAAAUAACACACAGAGCCGGAGCGCACAGCUGCUCUCCUAACACCACCAUCCAUCACCCGCUGCAGUCUGCCUGAAAACCCCUCUCCACCUCGCAGAGUCACCUGUGAGCGAGACAGAGAGAGAUCCAAUCAGGCUGUAACCUCCUCCUGCUGGAGUUCUGGUUUUACUCCAAGCUCUUCUGCUCCCUCUCAGAGAACGAGGAUCUGGAGAGACGAAGGUCGACCCGAGAGGUCGCAGAUAUUCACGGUUCAUUACAAAGUGGGUCAAACAUCCAUCUUUGACCCCAAACCACUGAAUGUCAAACGGUCUUGUGUUCUACAUCAUUAGACCAGAGUGUAAUUUAACUUUAAUGUAGUGAGUGUUUGAGGACCCAGUCCGAUGAAAAUCAUGUUUUUCUUGUUGUCUACUUGUCCAUAUGUUCAUUUUUCUGAUGCUACAGGACAUAUCAUGAGAAAAAUAAGCGCAAAAUUGAAUUUCUGAGUAUUUCUGCAUUUAAAUCUCAAAAUCUCUGGCAGACCCAAACGGCAGGUUCAGACACAGUGAGAUUUCCUAUGUCACAAAUCCAAGCUCCGCCCCCAGAGCCCAGCUAUGCAGGCCAGACUUGGAAAAGUAGAGAGACGAUCGUGGAAGCAUGUGCGUUAGCAGUUUGCAAUACUUGUAAAAAGGCUAAUUAUGAUAUUAAUUUUCAUCAUGUCUCCAAAGACAUUAGCGUCUGAGAGCUGAAUAGCUCUUAAGUUACCUGCUACUUUUACCACACCAGCAAUGUGGGACUUUAAGGAAAGCUACUGGAAAACCAGGAGCGUUUUUUUGUGUUUACACAUGUAUUUCUCUAAACAUAAAGUAGUUAAUUUAACUUAUUUUCACUUUUACUUUUUAUUUCUUAACAUCUUAUAUAUUUCAAGAUCUACAAAACCCAAAUUACAGCACUUACUUGUUUUUUUUUUAAUUAUAUUUGUUUUAGCUCCAGCAUGCGUUAGUUCAUCGCAAUUAUAGGAAUAUCCAACAGUAGACAGGAUCUUGAGGGAAAGGGGGUGUUUGUGAUGUGUUUCCUUUGUAUCUUGUGCUCUUUCAAGAGCUGUACUGUAUUAAUCUGUAUAAAAACUAAUAAAAAUAUUGUUGAGUAAAGUUAUCGCAUCUAGAAUAUACUGCAAUAUACUAGUUUCAAAAUUGAUAAAAUGGAGCAAAAUUGUGUGAAAUAGUGUAAAAGUUAGAAAAAAAAUGCCAAGUUUUUAAAUAAUUGUGUAAUCAUUAGUAUAAUAUCAGAGUCUGUGUUGAAAAUCUGAUAUCGGACGGUUUUCUCGGUGGUGGUCCAGUCCUGUCAGUCAUGUUUCUGGGGACAGAGGAGCAGCAGAUCCAGGGUCUGCCGGGUUGAAGAGGGUUGUGUAAGGGGGUGUUACUGAACCUCCUGGGCGGAGAUGAGAAGCAGCUGCUGAGUCCUCUGCUAUUUCCAGCUCUCUCCUCUUCCUACCUUACCCUCUCAUUUUCCAAAACACUGCUUUUUCACCCUCGCUCGGCCCGCCUGGCCUGACUCACAUGAAGCGCUCCGGCAGCUCCGCCUUUAGGCCGAGGUCGUGGCGAACCGCUAAAUGAGCGGUUAUAGGACAGCUCCCAGCCCUCCUCCUGAAACCUCCAGACCCUCAUUUGUGUUUUCAGUCCUGAUCUGGACUUCACCCUGAACUCCUCCUCCUCCUUUCUCUCUCUCUCUCUCUCUCUUGGCCCGUUUUUCCAUCUGUCUCUGACACCAGACUUUCUACCUGAGUGCUUGGUCACCCUGCCAGCCGACCAGCAGCGUCUGUCCUUUUUAAUCUUCCUCAUGACCCCGCUGCCAUAUGCUUACACACACACACACACACACACACAUAGUCUUCUUCACCCUGGAGCUCUUCAUAGAUGCUUUUCAUGUCUUUUCUUUCCGUCUCCUCGCUCCAUGAAUAAAACAUGGUCGAAAUGAAUUCAAAUGACAUCAUUGACAUGGAAACUUUGGACUCUGUUUAAAAAGCCGCAGCAUGAAACCUGAUUUUGUGCUCUGCCAUUUUGAUUGUAAAGUCACAGAUUAGGCGAGUUCCUCUGCGCUCGGUCUGCACAGACAGAUGUCCGGGUGUCAGACGCCCUUUCUGUUCUACCUCUGUAAUGAAAUGUAAAGGAUCAGGCAGCUUUGAAUUAUUAAACCCUUUUUUUUCCCCUCUCAUUUCAUCUGCUAUUCCUUUUUUAGUCCUGCCGGCUGAUUUAUUGUUUAUAAGCAGAGCUCUGACCAGGAAGAGGAGUGAUCUUUUUUUUUUGGCAGAUAGUUGGCGUGACUAACGGGCGCACCGCUCUGUGUGAUUUUCUGUUUCAGUGGGCGAGUUUGUGAGUGACGUGCUUCUGGUCCCGGAGAAGUGCAAGUUCUUCCACAAGGAGCGUAUGGACAUGUGCGUCAGCCACCAGCAGUGGCACAGCGUGGCCAAAGAGGUAAGCGAGGGAGGAGAGACUUCACAGGAAACGGUGGGAGGCUCGGAGAUAACAGAGGAAGAGGAAAUGCGUCAACUUCACUUUUGGAAAUGAAACUUAAGUCCCUGUCAUGUUGGUCAGACUUUUACUACUUUCCAAUCCUCCCCUCUGUCCUUAAUGUCUCUCCACCUGUCUCUGAGAGUCUCCCAGGCCCUCUGAUCACAGGCUGACAGCGAGUCCUUGCAUUUCAGCUCCUAAUCAGAUUAGUGUUGAGGCUGUAAUGCAGCUAAUCCCCCCCCUGGGUAGCCUCAGAGCCGGCCCUCCAGGGCCACUCUGACCUGUCCCGGGUUUCUCCCUGCGUCAUGCUUUCUGACUCUUCCUCCUCCCUGACACGUAUCACUGACGCCUCAUCUGCAGCCUGAGAUAGUGUGACAUCCAGAGGCAGCGAGUACCUGCAAUCAAUAACAACCGAGCUGUAAUAAUUCUUAUCAGCGGGAAUAUCACGGCGAGAAAAAUGAACGAAAAACAGCCGCUGAAGUUGUUAAGCAGAGCGGCUAAUCCUCCAGUGAAGUUUCCCAGCAGUCAUCAGUUACUCUGAAGUUCAACUCGGAGCUCUUAGUGGCGACAGGAAGGACAGAAAUGUUAAAAAAAUAUCACACUGCUUUUUUGAAAUUGGCCAAUUUAUCAUUUGAGUCGGCUCCAGGAUCAGUCUGUCUGUAUCUGUCUGUCUGGAGCAGCUGGAUGGAUCGAGCUGUUUCUGUGUAAAGUGACUGCAGCUACAUUAUACUGUCUGUUUCUACAAUAAUAUGUGAGAUUAUCUACAAACAGAGAAAGAGAGAGCAAGGAUAAAACCACCAACCUUUAAUUAUCACUAAAUUUGAUGCUUCUUUCUGUUAUUUAAUAAAAUUACUUCGUCUGCACAGCCUUGAUUAUUCUCGUCUCUCUGUUUAAAUAAAUACACCGAACAAAAAUAUAAACCCAACACUUUUGUUUUUGCUCCUAUUUUCCAUGAGCUGAACUCAAAGGUGCAGUUUUACUAAACCGGUUGGAUGUUCUGCCAAAUUCUCUGAAACGCCUUUGGAGACGGCCAAAGGCUCAUUUAUGCUGGACAUACGUAUGAAAAUGUACGCGCCCGUUUCUGUCUGUUGUUUUAGAUGUUUCUAAUAUCAGGAGCAGGGUUGUAAUGUUUGCCGAUCGUUUGUUUUGCUGAUUCGUGCAGUUUACAGCACAACAGCUCCUUGUCAUUUUCUUUCUCCGUUGACUUGUCCUGAUUUCUGCCCCCUGGCUGCGCGCGCAUACCUGCGAUGAAACAUGAGACAGAAACCCGUCUUUAUAUGUUUUCUAAUUGCGUAUCUGCUCACACAACCUUUCCUCAAAAAGCCCCGCCAUUGUCUUCUUUGUUUCUCUCUAGAGAUGCGUAUCAGGCAGUGACAGCAGCAACACUGCCCCCAUGGUUUCAGGUGGCACUGCUCCAUCUCUCCCGAAUCCGUAAACUUCAAGGUUACGUGCAAAAAUACGGACGAAAAAGAACACAAAGCACGGACAGAGAGCUCUGUUAUCUCAGUGUUCACUAAGUGUUCACUAAAGCAUAUUUAGACAAAUUCGAUCUUUGAGUUCAGCUCAUGAAAAAUGGGAGCAAAAACAAAAGUGUUGGGUUUAUAUUUUUGUUCAGUGUAUUAAACUUUCUGGGUAAAGUUGGUAAAGUUAUAUACAGCAUUUAAACGUUACAGUUUUCCCCGCCCUCUCUCUGAAGAAAACAACAGGAGGUUGGAGACGUGCAGCAGCUUCAUCACUCUGCAGCCCCGUUCCUUUUCAUUCUUCAUCUUCACUCUCUUUUUUUUUCCUUUUCUCCGUCAGGCCUGUGGAAAGAGCUCCAUGGUGCUGCACAGCUACGGCAUGCUCCUGCCCUGUGGCAUCGACAAGUUCCGCGGCACCGAGUACGUGUGCUGCCCCGCCUCUCGCGGCGGGGAGUCGGCCCCGCCCUCCCUGCCCUCCCAGGAGGACGACGAAGAAGAAGAGAUAGAGGAUGAGGAAAUCGACGAGAUGGACCUGGUCGAGGAGGAGGAGGAGAGGUGACUUGGCGUGAAGUCUGAGGCUGUGUGUGUUUGUGUUUAUGAUCGUGGCGUCUCUUUGAAAUAUGGCGAGAGUAAUAUCCCCCGUGAAGGCCGGGCUUUAGCGGCCAUCUGGAUGAAUUAAAGUGCUGUGACUUUGACCUAUGGCAGCUGCUCUGCCUUGUUUGAUAAAUCACUCCCUUUUCUGGCUUUCCACCCCUUCGCUCAAUCACCUCCGCCUCCCUCUCCCCCCUCAGCGUGAAACCAGCUGACGAGCAGCCCACACAGAAGGAGGAGCCAGCGACGGACGUGGACGAAGACGAGGAGGAGGAAAACGAGGAGGAGUACCACUACGUCUAUGAGGAUGAGGAGAUGGAUAAGGAGGAAGAGGAGGAGGAGGAGAAAGAGAGCAACAAAAUGUCAGAGAGCGAUGCCGAGGAUAAGACUCUGCAGGAAGUGAAAGGUUUGUGAAGAGAUGUUGAAUGUGAAAUGUCACCCCUCUCUCUCUCUCUCUUCCUCAUACCAUUUCAUUUUUAUUUUUGCUGCAGCAGAGUUAGAGAGGAAAUUCUUGUCUUGUGUAAUCAUGUUUCAUUUGUAGAUGUAGAUCUUGCAUACAGUCUGUUUUUAUGGGAGUUUAAAUUUCUGAAACUGGAUUUGAGUGCUGCCCCUUGUGGCUGGAUGAUCUAACACGCUGUCCCCUGGCAGCGGUGUGCACCCUGGAGGCUGAGACCGGCCCCUGUCGUGCCUCCAUGCCCCGCUGGCACUUCGACAUGAGCCAGAAGAAGUGUGUGCGCUUCAUUUACGGCGGCUGUGCCGGCAACCGCAACAAUUUCGACUCAGAGGAGUACUGCAUGGCCGUGUGCAAGCGCCUGAGUAAGUCUGACCCGACAGAGGCCGGUCUGAAACUCUCCCUCCCUACAUCCUUCCUUCCUGCUCUCUUUGUCUGUGAUUCUGCUGCAGACUCUCUGCUUUAGGUGAUUUUAGUCUGAAGUGGAACAGCUGCUCUGAGAUUUUCAGCUGUCAUUCAUUAAAAAACAACACACCUGUUGAAACCAUGUGACCUCCUCCUCCUCCACAAUAAUUACAAAACUGAAAUACAGACACGCUUUCUUAUUCGUUUUACUGUUUUCCUGCAUUUCCGGAUCACAGUUUUAACAGUUAUAAUCGUAAUUAAAAAAGUUCUGUGUCUAAAAGUUAUAUUGACUUUUUAGUUUGUUUGGUCAGUUUAAAAAUACUCAGAUUUUACAUUUAAAAAAGAGAUUUAAAGUUAAAUAUCAGUUAGCACGCCCCAUACACAGGGACCAUGGUCCCUGCUGUGGUCGCAGGUCCGAGUCCAGCCCCGACCAUGUGCUGUAUGUCCUCCCAUGUCUCUGUCUUCCCACAUUUCACCCUGUCCUGUCAAUAAAGGCUAAAAUCGCCCAAAAAAUACUUACUAAAAAAAAAGUUUAAUAUCAGUUUUUCUUGUUCAAACAGCUGAAAACUUUUUUUUUCUUUUUAAAUUUAAAUCAUAAAAUAAGUUUUUCAUUAAUUAAGAAAAAUAAAUAAAUAAAAUAUUGUAAGUUUAGAAUUUUUUUUUAAAAAAACAGCUAAACUCUAAAGCUAAACAAAGUUUGAUUUAAAUAAAUAACAUAGAUACACAAAAGUCAAACUUUAUAACAAAGGUGUGUGUCUGACAUUAAAUAAUCUGGAUCACAAACUCGUUUCAUCUCAUUACUAGUUUUUAUAUAAAUAUAAAACUUUUUGAAAACAUUUAAAACUUAAUAUUCUUUAAAAAAUGUUUAUGUUUUAUAUUUGAAAUAAUUUGAUUUCUGCUCCUUAAAAUAAUCCCGCAGGAUCUCAAACACUCGUAAAUGACAUUUUUCUCCUUCCUGUUGAAUCUGGUGUCGCAGAUUUAAACUCUCUUUGGUUUUCUGUCUUUAUUUGCCUGCCAGUGUUCCUUCUCGCCAUCUGUCCAUAUUUCUGUCUGUCUGCUUGUAAACAUCCUGUUUGUCGGUCUGCUCACAGUCACCGCCUCCUCUUUCAGUCAAACCCACAAACAUGUAAGAGCUCUUUGAUUUGCACCUUAAAAACAUCAUCUUUUCAUCCGUUUGAACCAAAGUCACACUCUGAAUCAUUUUAUUUGGAGGUAGAGUAUUCGCCCUGUUAACCUGCACUUCCUGUUCUCGAUGGCGAGGUGAAAUAGCGAGGUCGCCUCCUGUUUGCGAGCCCGGAGCGUUAUUGUUUUGCGAGGAGCGAGUCCUGCGUGACUCUAAAGCGAGGGACCAUGAACGGAGCCCUCUGGCCUGGCCCCGGAUGACCCAGCCGUCAAACGUAGAGAUAUUUCCAUUAGUGUUGGAGAUGCGACCCGUCAGCAGAAAGCCGAUGGGACGAUGAAAGGAAUGCGAAAGGAAAGACUGUCAGAUUCUCUUAAAUUUAUCCGAGUUACCGAGGGUGGAAGAGCGCCAAUGAGAGGAGAGCUUCUCCCAGGAUUUUCAAUCUGCGUCCCACUUCAGCUCUCUUUCGCUCUCUCUCCCUGUGCCCGGUUGUCCGUCUGUUUUUGUCUCUCUGCCCACCUGUGUCUGCCUGGGUCAGCCAGUCUGGCUCUCUCUCUGUCUGUUUGUCCGUUCGCAGCCAUGCCUACUCACCAUCUGUCUGUGAAUUUUCAGCCUUGCCGCCCACUCCUCAGCCCACCGAUGAUGUGGAUAUCUACUUCGAGACUCCGGCCGACGACAAAGAGCACAGUCGCUUCCAGAGGGCGAAGGAGCAGCUGGAGAUCAGGCACCGCAACCGCAUGGAGAGGGUGAGUGAUGGAGACUGGUUAGGACCACAUGUCCUCGUUAGAGAGACCAUGAGGACAUUAUUUUGUUUGUGGUUUGUUUGUUGGUCUGAAAAAUGUCACCAGGGGCAGAAAGAACUGACUCUAUUUAAUCCUCCCGAAACCUGCCAUAGAGCCAGGAGACCAACUAGGGCUGGGCGACACAGGAAAAAGUUUAUCACAAAAUUUUUUUUUUUCAUAUCGGCUGAUAUUGUUAUGUAUCACAAUAUAAAAAAACUAUUUCAAAUAGUGCUAUGGUUGGGUUUAGCUGCUGUCUGCUACUACACAGCUGUUGGCUACUUGGUUGUAAUUCAGCACACGAUUGGUUUAGCGCGGUGCUAACUCGGAGCAACUCACCUUCCAAUUGGCUAUUCGUAUAGUCGACCAAAACAUGGCAGAAUGGCAGCUAUUGAAAAGCAUGUUGACCAUGUUUUAUAUCGAUAUCAAUGGAAAUUAAUUUUUGAUAUACUAUAUCAUUAUUGUUUUACCUCCCAGCCUUAGAACCGACUAAAACAUACCAGAAACAUACAGACACAGAUCUAAAUGUUCAAAAGGAGUCAUAAUAAAGAAACGUGGAGUUAUCAACUAUGAGAUAAGGAUUGCAAUGAUUGUGAGGAAACCUGUCAAUCAUCUUUAAAAUCAAAUAACUAAUAAAAUGAACUAGGGCUGGGCGAUAUGUCCUCAAAUCAAUAUCACGAUAUAUUGAUCAGUUCACCUCCAUAACAAUAAAUGGAUGAUAACUACUCCACAAGCUGCUCACCCCCUCCCAUAUUAACUUUGUCUACUUCAGCCGCUCCAACUUUUGAACCGUACUCCAUCUCCUCACCUGUCUUUACCUCUUUGUUACAGACUGGAUGGGGUGGAGUCACGUCUCUGACCUGGAAUAUACAGAUAUAGGCAAAAUGACGUUGGUUAUUGUAGUAAAUUUCGGUCUCAAUAAAUUUUUGGUUUAUCGCCCAGCCCUAAAAUGAACACUGGAGCAUGAAUCAGUAUGAUAACAACAAACCACAAUAACAGAAACUUUGUUAAACAGAAAAUGUAUUAAACUUGUAUUUUAAUUUUAAACUCUGAGCCAUGUUCCACUUGUCAACAUGGAGGAGGCAGAUUUACGUCCUUUACUGCAGCCAGUCUUUGUUUUUUUAACAUGUAGCUCAUUUAUUUAUCGUACAAACAAACUCUAGUUUUGCUCAUUUAGUUUAAAGCAGAUCUCCUGUUGCUACUUCUGGUCUCUCGUUUGGGCAAAAAGAAAUGAUAAAGAUGAGAUUAAAUAAACUGAGAUAAUCUUGCAAAGAGGCCAGCAUGUUUGAUUGUACGUCCAUCCUGCCUUCCUGCUGCCGUAGCUCAGACCCCGUUUCUCUGUGUCUCCCUCUCCAGGUAAGAAAAGAGUGGGAGGAGGCGGAUCGCCAGGCGAAGAACCUGCCCAAGGCUGAGAGGCAGACAUUGAUCCAGGUAAGACACCGAUCUUCCCCCUCAGGAGUCCCUCCUUUUGUUCCUUUGUUUGGGUGAGAUAUGACGGCUCACAGGUCCCGGGUCCCUCGCUCCCUGUGCCAUUAAAUCUCCCCUCUCCCUGGCUUCUCUAUCUUUAUCACUCCGAGGCUAAAUUAGGGCACCGUCUGAAUGGAGCGACUUCUAAAUGAGUCCCCAACUCCCCUUACAAGCCUGAGAGGCGACACGAGUGAAACCGAGAGCCGCUCAGGUUGGAGGAGCGUCGAUGUGCAGGUCCUCACCGAUAUAUUUUAUGAUUGUCUCUGCAGCACUUCCAGGCCAUGGUGGAGUCCCUGGAGGAGGAGGCAGCCAGCGAGAAGCAGCAGCUGGUGGAGACUCACCUCGCCCGGGUGGAGGCCAUGCUGAACGACCGGCGCCGUCUGGCCUUGGAGAACUACCUGGCUGCCCUGCAGGCCGACCCCCCCAGGGUAAACACCACACCCUGACCUUGGGGAGGCUCUUUGAUCGUCUCCUCACCCGCUCCAUCUGUCUUCUGCUUCAGUUGACUCACAAACAAACUCCCCCACCUCCCCGGCCUUCCUCUAUUUAUGGGUCGUAGCUAAUUUCAUAUCCUGUCAAAUUUAGUCCGAGAACACGCCUCGCCAUCGUUUCGUAGCUCACUUCUGUAAUCCCGUGUCAUGUUUCCUCUGAUUCCUCUUACCUAGUUGUCGUUUGAUCCUUUUGUCGACCCUGGAUCCACCCGAGUCGGAGCUCGUGACCUGAAAGUGAAAGAACUUGAUUUUGCGUUUUUACACUCAUCUCAACUUUCAGAGUAUUUUUUAGCUUUUUUUUUAUUUUGCUCGGCUUCAGUUACACCUCUAAAAUUGGGAGUUGCAUCAGCUGUGGUGUGAUGCUUCUCCAGAAGGUGCUGCAGAAGAUUUUCUCUUAUUUCAUAUGCAAAUGAUUUUUUUUUCACCUCUUUUAUGACAGAAAUGUGCUUUUCAUCCUCCGGUUAGAGGAUUUUUAUGUUAUUUUUCAACUUUUUUGGCACAUUUUGAAGAUGAAUUCUCGAUCAGUUUGUUCAUGUUAUUGAUAUAAACUUGGUGAAGUUUGAAUGGUUUUAAAAAGGAGUCAGAAAAAAUCCACGUUAAAAGCCCAAAAUCAGGAGAAACCUGUCCUCACCUGUCGGAAAGCGUCUUAAAGGGACUUGGAACCAUAGCCAACCUACACACAUCCAUUUCCAACUUUUAUUUAUUGAUUUGACACUGAAUAUUCUGUUAUGGGCAAAAUGACGUCCAAUAAUGUAAAUUUCGUUAUUGCUAAAUAUUCGGUUUAUCACCCAGCCCUAAUUGAAUCACAAUAAUUAAUUAGGGGUCAGUCUUCGUUAGUACUAACAAACCCUCUCCAUGUUCCCACUGUAGCCCCACCGGAUCCUGCAGGCCCUGAGGAGGUACGUCCGCGCAGAGAACAAGGACCGCCAGCACACCAUUCGCCACUACCAGCACGUCCUGGCCGUGGACCCUGAGAAGGCGGCUCAGAUGAAGUCACAGGUCAGCUGAUCAUCAUAACUCCAGAUUACUCCUCAGGCAUGAAUCAGGAAGUGUUUGGCGUCUUUUCCAGUUUGUAGUUUCGUCUUCAUCUUGAUGGAGAUGUUUCCGAUUUCAACCUCAGGCUCCUCCUCCUCCUCCUCCUCCCGCUCAGACGGCGGAGGGAUAAGGAUGUCUCCGUCUGCUCCUCUCUGCCCUCUUUCCAAGUGUGUAGGAGGUAGAAAGAGUGUGUGUUUCUUUGAGCUGAAGCCCAGGAGGAGUUAGGAGGGCGGCGUUUCAUUCACUUAAGCUCUCGCCCAAGAUUAACAUUGCACAGGUCUUGUGUAAUGCUGGACUCUGAGCCGCUGUACAGGGAUUUGGCUGGAAGCUCCUCUGUUAGAUGUGUGUCUGUGCCCUUCGACACCAUUUAUAGUUAUGAGCCACCAUUACAGAGCGCACAGCAGAUGGAUGAACCGAGGAGAAACAGACUGGAGGGUUGGUUUUUAGAUGAAUCGUCCAUCAUAGGGAGUCGGUGUGUAUUGUUCUGGACUCACAGUGUUUAUUUGUCCAGCCGACUUCUUGUAUAAAUCCUGCAGGAAGUUGAAAUCUGCCUCCCCCUCCUCCUCCUCCUCUCUUUCUCUUCUAUGUGGGUUUGAUCUGCGCUUUUAUAAAUCCCGGGUAAAAAGAGGGAUUGCUCUGCUUUGUGUAUCUGUAAUGGGAUCAUGAUUAUUCUCUUCUCCGAAAGCUUCACAGGCUCAGAGGAGGUUGCAUGUAAUCUUCAUAGAGAGGAUUGUUUGUCAAACAUGGACAGGAAGGUGCCACAGGGGCUGCAGCUGGCUGUGCGUGUGAGAGGAGCUUUACUGCCACCUGUCGCCCACUCUGGUGUACUGCAGCCAAAGUGUUGAAAGAUUAAAACAGUCCAUCAGCAGAGUGGGAAAUAAACACCAGUUACCUGCCAAGAGCUGGUCAGCUUUGUCAGUGGGUAGCAGCUUUUAUUUCCUGCCAACAGAAAUAUGGAAUAUUCCUCCUCUGUAAAGAGCGGACGCCGUUUUUAAAAAACAGGGAAACUUCUGGGUUUGUCUGAUCAAAAGAGUUGGUGUUGUUUUAUUCCAGUGUCGGUAAUCAGAGCUGACGGGCAGCAGAUCCUGUCGAGUCAGUUCACAGCCUCCAAACCAAUUUAACAUUAACAUGCAGCAGCUUGUUUCAUCGCUGCGGUUUAGCCGGCUGUGAGCGAGUUUGAGUUAUCGUGAAGAAACAUGCAGACGGCACAGGGCUGCAGUUGAUUCAGAUAUGUGGGGAUUCAGGUUCAGAGCUGAAACAUGAUUAAAUAAACAGAUCUCUUAUUAUCAUUUUCUGAUUCUGUCUUUUUAACCUCACUGUGAAGAUACUGUGACCCAGUGAGGGACUGUUGACAUGGGAGUAUUUAGGAGAAGCUAGCGGUCACAGUCGAGAUUGAAAUGUUCUCUUGCUUACGACAGAGUAUAAGAGCCACAUAAAGAAAAUAAUAAUUAAGACUUCGAGAUUAAAGUCGUUAAUUUACGAGAGUAAAGUCAGAAUAAAGUCCUUAUAUUCUAACCUGCUGUUUAAGAUGACAGUUGUUAAAUUGAGAGCCAUGGAGCAUUUCGUGAAAAUUUACUUCAGUAUAUUUUUCUCAAACAAAGAGAUACUAAUUGGUACAUCAGCACCACAUUAUCAUGAGUAUUAAUGAUUUUAUUACGACUUCAUUCCCGUAAAUUAACAAAUUUAAUCUCAGAGUCUUCAUUUUUUUUUCUUAAUGUGGCCCUAAAACUCAGUCGUACUUGCUCACCCCUGCCAUCUGUGAAUCAAGAAGCUCCUGCAGUGUUUAAUAUUAUUCGCCUCUAUUUGUCAUUAUAAUUUCUCUUUUUUGUUCGUUUUCCUUUCUGACCAAUCAGAAAAUAGAAAAGUUGUUAGGUGGAGAAUAAUGGUGUGUUUUUUGUUCAGGUCAGUUGUUGUAUAUGAAGAUGCAUUUUUAAUUCACUCAGGUUUAAUACUUUAUGUUUAUGUUUAGCAAACAUCUCUACAUUUACCCCGGGUUAGAGCUGGAAACAUUUUUCACUUCGUUCUCCUCUGACUCUCAAACUAAAUCCAUUAACUAAAUCUGAGCUUUUAUUCAUAAUUAACUAAAUUACACCCUCACUAAUAGAGUUUAAUAAAACGUCUCUAUUUAACUGUGUUUUAAUUAGUGUUUUUUAAGGUUUUAACAAUCCUUUGGUAAAUAUGACUCAUUCUUAUUAGUUUCACUUUGAUAUCAGAUUCUGGUUUCAUUUCUUCUUCUUCGUCUGUUUGUUUUCGUCCUCCAGGUGAUGACCCACCUGCGUGUCAUCGAGGAGAGGAUGAACCAGAGUCUGUCUCUGCUCUACAAAGUCCCUUACGUUGCCGAGGAGAUCCAGGAUGAAAUCGGUGAGUCAGAAACAAGUCUGAUGGGUUUAGUGACAGAUACAGCUGGUUCAUUCUGCUCGUGUCGACUCUCAGCGAUUAUUUUUCUUACAUUUGGUGCAAACUAACAAAAACGCAGGAAAGGGAGCAGGAGGCAGAGUCUGUAAACCAAUUAUCAGAGACAGAGGGAGGAAGGAGUCAUAUUGUUCUCAGGAGGAAUCGAUCGCAGUCACUGCUCUCUGUAUUUAGGCGAUUAGAUCUAAAGCUUAAAACUGUGUUUGGGAUGAAAAAAUACGACUGGAGACAGCUGACGUCCAGAACCUUUUACCAACAUCUUUUUGUUUCCUUUGGUUCAUUAAUGGAGGCAUGGCGGGGUGCUGCAGCAUAGAUUCAGUGACAGAACUGGGUCACAGCUUUCACCAGAAUCAGCAGCAUCCUGUAGGGAUAUGUGCAGAUUUACACAGAGAGUCGCUCGUAGGAAAAUGCUAAUUGAUCAUUAGCAGGAAAUGGGAACAGACGUCUCUUAUAGGAGCAGCUUUUGGUUUUUAGACGUGCAUUCGCAGAUAUGUCAGUGAUUCUGCACAAACAUCGUACAGGCGCCUGUUUUCAAACAUCUCAUCCUCUGUCUCUGACCUCUCCCUGCAGACGAGCUGCUCCAGGAGCAGAAAGCCGACAUGGACCAGUUCCUGUCGUCCAUCUCUGAAUCACAGCCAGAUGUCACGGUGUCAUCGGAGGAGAGCGUGGAAGUUCCCGUGCCUGAGGGCAAACCGUACCGCCCCUUCCAAGUCACAUCCUUAGGGUCCCGUUCAGAGCCAGAGGGUGAGCAGCUCCAGCCUCCGACACGAGCAGCAUAAUGAACAACACUGAGUCUGUCUGUGCGGGGAACAAAAGGCCAUAGAUAGAAGUUUCAGUGAAGGACACUGGUGACGAAGCACCCCAGGACUGUUGCACAGUGAGGGAGAGAAGGUUUACAAUGUGUUUUAUGGCGAUGCAAAUGUGCUGCUGCUGCUGCGGAGCCGCGGGUUCGGAUUUAUCUGCGCCUGCACGGCUCCCUGCGGCCUAGUGCUCAGUGCAGCACCACUGAAGUUCAGAUAAAUGCACAAAGCCUGCAGCUUUGGUGCAGAGCUGGAGCCAAAAGCUUAGAGGGGAAAUGAGCUGUUCUGGUUCUGUUCUUGAUCACACUGGUGCCAAACAAAAGAUUGAAUCCUCGCAGGGAGAAAAAGUGAUGGAUGGAGCUCUUCCAGCAAGAUGGAAGGCAAAUUACAAGUAAAUCCCCGAGGAACAUUUAAUGUACAUGCCAACACCCCCGAGGGCUCAGACCGAGUUAGAAACGGCUCCUUUUUUUGAGUUUGGUUCUGUUUCAGGUUUAUUUUUGGACUCUCCCCUGCUGAACUCUUCCUAAUCAAUUAACACAGCUUGAUAAUUCUGCCUUUUCCUCUUCUCAUCUAAGUUUUCUCUCUUCUCUUCCUUCCCCCCUUUUUCUGUUCUUGGUUUUCUUUCUGUUGCUCAUUUCUAAUGCCAAGGCGAUCUAUCAGACUCCCCACGUGCCUUCAAGAAAGGUUGGUGCCUCUGUUGCGUCUUCUUUUUUCCCCCUCCUCCUCCUCAACUCCCGAGCCAUUUCCAUCCACGAUUUUGUUCCACUGCUCUCCUUUCCCCUUGUGUAAUUUGGGAACCUCUCUCUCUCUCUCCAUCAGCUGGUUCAUGUUAUUUCUCCGUUUGAUGAUUUGGUUUCCGUGGCUGUUCUGCUUUUCAUCACAGGAGGAUUAUCCUGAAUAGAAAAGUCUGAAGCCUCUCAGCUCCUGUAGAGAUCCCGUAGGGCGCAGACCCUUCAGCCGCGUGUUCGCUGUCAUCCCAUCCUUACUCCAUUUGUCAGAGCACCUUGCUUAAUUAUUCCCUCACUCCCCUCAUCAUCAGUCCUCCCCUGUCCUGAUAGGAGCCCUGUGAUUAAGUGGGCCUGUCUGAGCCUCAGUGUUUCUGCUGAUGACCCGGCCCAGUCCAAAUUAGCCCACUUUGUCCUCCCAGAUUUGAGACCGAGAGGUGGUUACGUCAUCUGUUUUGUCUGAUCUAGACUUAACCUUUUGACCUUACUGAGACACCGUCCACAAACAGCCUGGUCUGAAUCAUAUAUUGAUUCUUUUUAUUGCUUUGUUUUUUACUGUUCAUUUUGACUUGGCAUCGUAUAAUCUGUAAUCUGAAAGGUUUGGGAUUAGUAACACUUUCAUGCAGAAUAGAGACCACAUUCUUCACCUCCUUUGUGUUGCCUGUUCCUGUAGCUGUCUGUGACACUGUGUGCAGUAAGAGUAAGUUUUAGUCAUCUCAUAAACACACAUCCUUAUUCCUCACUUAGCGUUAUCCGUCGGCUGUUUUGCAGCGGCAGCAGAUAAUAAAUUCAUGCCUGGCUGCUGUACAUAGUUCAGGACUCUGCCCUCACCGCCUCGCUCACUCUCUCAGUUCUUCAUUUAUUCAUGGCAUAUCUGCUGUGUGUAUAUUAAUAGAGCCAAUCCCUAUUUCAAAACCAUCAGUUGAACAUGCAUAUUUGACACUCUGGUCCAGUUUUUUGGUUCUGUCACUUACUGAAAACCCACAAGGGUUUUUAAAGAAUGAUCACAAGUUAAAAUCUCGGGGAGCCGUGAGAGAUUUCCAGAUGAGGUUUUGGAGAAACUCGAUACGACAGAGUGACUCAGAAUUAUGUUUGGGGGGUUUUACUUCCAAUCUCUGAUCCAUAAAGGUGGGGUAGGCAGGAUCUGAGGAAGUGCCAGUUUUUUGGGAGAAACCUUGAAUGUAAACUCUACCCCUCCCCAACCAGUUUUCCCCUCAGCUCCUCCUCUCUCCCCUCAAGCCCCGCCCACAAACAGACGCUCCUGCUCGCUCGUGUCGUUCCAAUUAAAUUCAGAUAUAAUGCAGAUAAAUACUUCAGAUCAUUACAAAUGGGGCCCAGUCAAGGUGAAAGUCAAAAGCAUUGGUGCUACUGUAGAUGCCAACAGACUACCAGCAAACACAAUGUUUGCAGGACUUCUACAACGAGGAUAAAGUGACAUAGUCCAGGACCCGAGGGAGGACAGUUUAGCGAUGGCGCUACAACACGCUACAGCAGGUCCGUUUGACAAGAAACACUUCUGUUACAGACACUUGUCUUACUUUGUUAAAGCGAUUUACCUGUCCAGCAGAAAGGUUACAGGGUCACCAAGAUCCCCAAGCGUCCCCCAUCGUUUAUGUUGACCCGGCUUUUUAGCCCUUGUCCGGUCUUCCUCCGUUUUAAGCGCCCGUUAUUCCUCCAGAGUCUCCGGUAUUUACUUUGUUUUCUUGCUUGUGUCGGCAGUCGUGGCCAAAGGAGGAUUCCGACAAUUUUCCGAACUUUCUGGUUGGUUUCUACUGUCCGAUAUUGUAGCACGCUAACUUUGUUUGGGCUAGCGAACGUUAUUCGGGAAGUGGAGCGUGCCACACAACCAAUCAGAGAGCAGCGUCAGCCUCACGACCAAUCAGAGAGCAGCUUCAGCCUCACAACCAAUCAGGUCGGGGAGGUGGAGAACGGCUUUAUUUAAAUUUUAAAACGUCGAUCACACGGACAUAUGAGAACACAGCGAUAUUGUGAUAUUCCCAAAUGUCAUCAAUAACCAAUAACUAUUGACUGAUGUUAAAAGCUUUUUUGUUAAUACACCACAAAAAGAUGCUUCUUUAACAGAAUCCUACCUAACUCACCUUUAAGUGCAGCAAAAUGCUCCAAAACAGUGAAGACAGUUUUAACAGUUUUAACAUGUUCAACAGUUGGUUGAAGGUUUGAGAGGGAAAUGUUGUCUCAUUCUUGCCUGAUGGAGGAUUUCAGCUGCUCGACAGUUCAGGGUCUCCUUGGUCCUGGUUUUGGGGGGAAAGUCAGGACUGUAUCGGUCCAGUUUCUCAGCAGAACUUUUCUCCAUGCUGUCACCUCCAUGUAUCAUUCAGAAUGAGUGGAGCCUUCACACCCCUCUACCAUCGAGGACUCUGAUCUGCGUGGUCUCUCCAUCUUUAGAGGAUGUGGUGGUGUCCAUGAUUACUAAACAGAAGGUCAAAUUUGGAAAUCUUUCUGGAUCCUGUUUCUAUCCCGUUUCCUUUUAACCUCGUUUGUGAAUGCGGUGAUAAAUGGUGCUCUCAAAGAACUGUUUUGAAUGUGAUUUGAGGCCAUGUGGCGAUUUUCACUACAGAGUCCUGUCUGUUUUUAAUGCAGUGUAAUUGUCUAAUAAUUUUUGGGAACAGUAGUGGAUGGUUUCCUGUAUCAUCAUGAUCAUUAUUGUGGUGAACCUCCUCCCAUCUUUACUCCUGAGUGUCUCCUGUUCCUAAAGCUGUUUCAGUGUUCUGUUGCUUCUGUCUGGACUGUUUUGAAACCUAAACUUUAAAAUGAGCGUUUAUAUUUCACAUUUUCCAGUUUCAACAUUUAAUAUUCUACGACAGAGUAUUAGGGCCACAUAAAGAAAAAAAAUAAGCAUUCGGAAAAAUUAAGACUUUGAGAUUAAAGUAAUUAAUUUACCAGAAUAAGUCAUUACUUACAAGAAUAAAGUCGUACUGAACUACUACUGCUAUACUUAUGAUAAUGUGAUGCUGAUGUGCCAAAAGAUAAAGUUUCUCCUUAUUUGAGAAACAUCUAUUGAAGUUUAUUUUCACGAACUGUCAUCUGUCAUCUUAAACAACAGGUUAGAAUAUAAGGACUUUAUUCUGACUUUACUCUCCUAAGAAAUUAUUUUAUCACGACUUUAUUCCCGAAGUCUUAAAUUUUGUUCUUAAUGUGGCCCUGAUACUCCAUCGUAAUAUUCUGUUUAUUUUUAUUUCAUUUCAUUUUUUACGCCAUUUUCGACAAACCAUGAAGUUAGAUUUUUAUAGACAUCUUCUCCAGUGACCCAGUUCUUCAGGAAUCAGGGCAGUAGUUGUCGGUUUAACAUCAGCGUCGUCUCCAGCACCACUCUGAGAGAGCCUCUGUUGAAAAUGUACGGUCAUCGUCAUGUUGUCACACAGUGCUGAAUGGAAGAAAGGGCUUUGUUUUCACCAGAGCACGAAGGAGACCGAGACAGCAGAGCCGGAUAGCGAUGUGCAGCUGUCCACCACCACCACCACCAUUGUUUGUUUGUGUUUCUGUGCUGCUCUGCUCAUAUUGACGGCGGCUCUUCACCUCCACAGGCUCGGCCAUGUCUGGAUUGGACGGUCUGAUCGGUGCGGAGGAGAGAAUCAUCAACAGCAAACCCAAGGUCAGCAAUAACGUGGUAAGAGCUUCACUGUUGUCACUCUGUCUGUGCCUUUAAGCAUUUUAACUGCUGAACACUUGAACUGAGAGGAGCUCUGUCAAAGCAGAAGAUGGAGAACAUCCAUAUCCUGGAAAGUUUGGUGUCACUUCCACAGCUGAAGUCAUAAUAAUUGAACCGGAUGAGUACGCACAGCGCUUUGACACAGCUCUCUGAAGUUCAGCUUUAAUGAGCCAGAUUAUUCCAGUAACUAUGUUGUCAUAGUUACGACUAUCUCUCACUCUGGGCUGUUUGCGUUCCUCUUUUCGGCCUCUGCCAGCCAACCCUCCAUCAGAUCAGCUCCACACUUUGUUCUGCAGUCAUCAUCGCAUGCUUCUUUCCUUUGCCAACCUCACCAUCGCUUUUCUCAAACGACGCUUGGCUGAUGAAUGUGAGCUGUCUUUUUGCAUGCUAAUCCAACACCAACUGCAAAGCUGUGUAUUUGUGUGUGUGUGCGCGUGAAUAUGAAUCAUGCCAGUUUCUGACCGCAUGCAUGUUUUUCCUUUUUGGAAAUGCCAGUCGUCUUAAGACGGAGCAAUCUGAGGUUAUGACUACAAAUGAAGGUGACGACAGAGAGACUCAGGACUGCUCUGUCUCUCCACAUCCUGUAGAUUUUGUUUCAGAUCAGAGUUCUCAGUAAUGACUAACUAACAGUCUGUUCAUAAAGACAUGUAACAAUCUGUUGUUGAUGCUUGCAAACCCUCCUCUCUCCUUCCAGUUUGUACGAGACACCCAAACACAGAUAAUCCUUUAAACUUAACUACGCUCUCACUCUAUCUCUCUCCUUCUCUCCCUAUCUGUCCCACACACACACACACACACACACACACUGUGGCGAGUGUAACCUGGGCUCCCCUGUCUGUGUUGACAGGUGAUUGAUGAGUCUCUGGAUGUUAAAGAAGUGGUUUACAGUGCAGAGAGAGUCCGCGUUAUGCAUGAUGAUGAGCUGGUGAGUACAGUGACGCCCUCCUCUGGGCUUUCUGGGGAACUGUAGUUCUCACUAGUGGGGGCGAGAUGGAUGACAGAAGGAGGGAGUGUGGGAGUGUGCAGAGAUACCUGAAUCAGAAAAACACAGCUUUGGAAAUCCCCCAGCCCUCUUUUUUUGUUUGAGACUAAUCCGUUUUGGUUGUUUCUGCAUGAGUGCAUGUUUAUCAUGUGAAUGUAAACGAAUGUCCACGUUGGAAAUCUGGGUUCAUAUAAUGAAUGAAAUCCACACAAACUGAGCGUGCUCAGUGUCUGUGUGUGAACGAGCAGGAGGAACUCCUCAGUGAUUGUCUGCAUAUGAUUAGUCUGUGUCAUAUGUGCGUCAUUACAGCGUGAACAUGAGUGUAGGUGACUGUGACUGUGUGUACAUGUUGACUCCACACUGUCACAGAGACACAUAUCAUGCAUGUGGACCACCCAUUCACGAUCAGAUCAUCAGGGAGGUCGACGACCUUACUGAAGGUCAUUUCAGCUCCUCCUGAGUUUGACAAACUUUGAUCUGAACCCUGUUUACCAAUACAGUUUUAUUUCCCAUCAGUUUAAAGUCAGAGGUUUGUAUUCUGAGGAGAAACUCGAUCACGUAUCGAGAAGAGCGCUCUGAUUUUGUCUCCAUAAUGACAUAAUUCCUCCUCUACAGUUGCUUGGAUACACAGAUUUCAGCAACAACAAUGCUGAUUAGAGCAAAGAGAGCACGGCACACCUACUGCAGCUUUUCCAAAAAUAUCAAGUUAAUGGAAAUCAAUAUCACUGAAAUACAGAGGCUGAAGAAUAAUGAUAAUAGUAGAGGUCUUAAAUGAAACUGUGAUGAAGAAGAUGAGCUCAGAGACUCUUUUCUCUGCCUGGAUGAGGAUUAUUUUCUUCAACAUUAAAACAUUUAAAUGUCAUUGUUGUUGUUACUGCAACGACAAACUCUGAAAGUCUCCUCUCUCUCUCUCUCCCUCUCUCUGUCUGUCUCCUUCUCACCUCCUCUACCUAUCAGGAGUCAUACCGCCCCCUGGGAGAGGACUUCAGCUUCGGGAACAGCGCCCUGAUUGGCUUGCUGGUGAUCGCGGUGGCCAUAGCAACUGUGAUUGUUAUUAGUCUGGUGCUUUUGAGGAAGAGGCAAUACGGCACCAUCAGUCACGGUAUCGUGGAGGUAAGUCACCCUUCACACACACACACAAACACACACACACACACAUCAGAUUCAGGUUAAAUUGACACGUCUAACCAAUCAAAUUUUAUUUAUAAAGCACUUUUCAUACACAGAAUGUAGCACAAAGUUCAGUCCAUUCAAGCAUUAAAAACAAUAAAAUAAAGAUAAAAAUACAGACCUAUAUGUCUAUUUGUUGGUCUUUAUAGAGACAACUUGUUAUAGUGCGACUGAACGUGAAUCCGUGGGUUCUUGUGAGUUCUGGCGAUUAACACUGUCCGUAGUCCGCCACAAAAUUCGCCUCACAAACAGAUCCAGUAGGAACUGUCGGAUGGCAAAAAUCGCCGCCUUUCCAGAUGAGGUGGAAAUUUGGGGUAACUUGCUACAGAUGACUUAGAAAACACCAGACCUAGGACUAAAGCGAUAAAACCAAGAUAAAUUAUUUUAAAGGUAAAAAAGUGUUUAAAGUUAAUCAAAUCAAACAGUUUUCAAAUCAAACAAUAAAAGAAAGUAAAAAAAAAAGAGGUAAUAAAACAUAAAAUAGUAAUUUUAAGAGAUUUAAAAAAGAAAUUCAACUCAAAGCUAGACUAAAAAGUUUGGUCUUGAGUUUACUUUUAAAAAUAUGAACAGUAGGUGUCGCUCUCAGGUCUGCAGGUAGGCUGUAAUAUUAGAAUAAUGAUUCACCGUAUGUUUUUGUUUUUACUUUGGGGACAAUUAAAAGACCACUACCUGCAGACCUGAGGGCUCCUUCAGGCCUCAUACGGUAAAAGCAAACCAGACAAAUGAGAAGGAUUAAGACCAUUAAGAGCUUUAAAAACUACUAAAAAUGUAAAAGAAGUCACGUUAAAUCAGAUUAUUGAAAACCCUCACACAGCGUGUCGUGUCCUUGUUGACCUCGUUUGUUUGUCUCUCUCAGGUCGACCCCAUGCUGACACCAGAGGAACGCCACCUCAGCAAGAUGCAGAACCACGGCUACGAAAACCCCACCUACAAAUACCUGGAGCAGAUGCAGAUCUAACCAGAGCCUACAGAGGGCGCCGAGGGGGAACAUACUACUGACCAAUAACAUAUGCUGUUGUUAAAAUCAUUUGCAUACAUCCAAACUCCAUUUCCUGGUUUGUUGAAAACAAUCCUUGAAUAAUGCUACUACUUCUACUACUGCGACUAUUGUACUAUAGAGCUCUCUCUCUUUUUGGAUCAUUUUCUUUUGAAUACGGUGAUGAUGUAUCUGCCAUUUUGCAUUAUUAUGGAAAAUGUGAUUCUGCAGAUUUCUCUGUAAUUAUCAAUACAGCUGUCUCAGAUCAAGAUGUAUAACAUUUCUUCAGACUUUUUUCUUUAUUUUUAUUUUUUUUUAACAGCAAAUUAAAGAAGAUUUAAAUGUUUCUGAGGAGCCGUCAUCGCAGCAGGAUAGCAGACACUUGGUUUUAGUUUCCCAUCAUGCAAGUGUCAUUCAUGAUGGUUUUCUCCAGAAGAUUUGGUGUUUUAUUUUUUAUUUUUUUGUUUUUUUUUUCCUCUCAAUAGAUUGCUUGUAUAUGAAGGUUCUUUGUACCAAUUAAAAUGUAUAGUGAAACGACAAAUGAGAAAAAAAUGAAAUCAUGGACUAUUUACUUUCUGUUCUUUGUUAUUAUAAACAGACAAAAUAUACAUAUACAUUUUAGAUAUAUAAAUAUAUAUAAAGUAGAUGUUUUUAUUCCACCUUCUUUCCCAGUGAAGAGGUUAUCGGUCGGUUUUAGGGCUCUUAGUUUGGUGGUCGUGUUUGCAGGCACGCAGUGAGAGAGAGCGGAUGGAGGAGGAGAAGGUGUGCACAGACCCUCAGCUCAAAAACACACAAACAGACGAAGUUAACAGACAAACCUAUUGAGAUGUUACAGAGCUGAAUGUAUUGUAUUUCCCAGGUUCCUUUGUGGCUCAAAAAAGGAGGCGCUGGCGUGCCGCUCUGGAAAACAAGCCUUUAUUUUUAUUUUUUCGUCUCUUGUUGUAACUCGUCAGGAGGAAAGACCAAGUACAAAGAAAGCUAAAACUGGGGGGGUGAUGUUUGCACAAAGCAUAGAUGAGUCCGAUGGAUCAGAACAAGCAGCUUCCCCUUCGUAAAGUCAGGGUUGGUGAAUGUGAUGGCAAUGCCAAACAAGCCUGAAUACACCAACACGCAGACUGUAGCCGAUUAUGUUUCAGGGAGUCGUUGUCAAAGAUCAAUUCUUUCUGUAUUUUGAGUUUUUUGUUUUAGGUCCCCAGUCGAGGUUUAGCUCGGCCCUGAAUACGAGCCACUUUGAAGACAUCUUGGAGCUGGAGGGCUGUGCAGACAGACAGACAGACAGACAGGCAGAGACAGACGCAGAAAAGACAAGGCUUGGAGAGCUGGUUCCUGAGAAAAAAGUAGCUUGUGAUUUUUUUACAGGUAGAAAAGGAGUGAACUGAAUCCUAGAAUCCUCUUUUCUCUCUCUCUUAGUAUUGUCUUUGUAUGCCUGUAAAGUUGAUGUUGCAAUCAUGGCUUUUCUUUUUUUCCAGAGGAUUACCUGUGGUGUGCAUUGUUCUUGAUGAAAUGAUAUGAUGAUAUAUAUUUUUAAGUUUGUUUUUUUCUUGUUUUCUAUUUUUUUCUCUCUCUCUCUUCUCGUGACAGUAUCUCUGUAUGUGACUGUCUCACUAUGCACCCAAACAGCUUCAAUCUUGUAACUGCCUGCUUGAUUGUGGGAGGGGACCGGGAACUAAUAGAAUAUGCAUAUUAGUGAUUUAAAACGAUUGAUUGAUUGACACCAAUGGAAACCGAUUUAUUGUUACAGGGGGGACACAUCAAUAAACUCACAACUUCCAUAUGGAGAUGUUGUUUUAUUCGUGGAUGGAUGGAAGUGCAUGUGUGAAACUAAAGAAUCAGGUAAAGUCACCUGAUG